AUGGAACUAGAAAAACCGAAAAAGGUGAGUUCGUAAUUGUAUUAUUUAUUAUUAAUUAUUACUAUUGUUAUUAUUAUUAUUAUUAGCAUUUAGCAUCGGCGUAGCCAGGAGGUGGGGUUUGGAUGUUGUAACCUCCCGCGUAAGGCCAUAAGGUUGUGGACCCUUAAACCCCCUAGAUAUCUCUUUUUAACCCCCUCUCCCUUAUUGAUAAACCCUGGCUACGCCACCGGUACUGAGAAUAGAUAGGAUCUAUACACAUUGAGUUAUUAGGUAUAAAUAAUAAGGCGAUGUUCGGUUAUAAUAAUGUCUAUAUUAUUUUGUGUAUAGGUUCGAUAUGGUUAGUUGAUAUUGAUAAAAUAAAUGUAUAAUAAAUAUUGCAAUAUUUCGUCGUGUUGUCGGACGUAUAUUCAUCGCGAUACGGGUCGUGGUCGUGGUCGGCGGGUGAGGGGAGAUCAUCAGAGGUGUUGGUCAGGCCACGCGUGGGGCGUUUUCCCGAAGACGUUUUAUCAUAUGAUUGUCUGCGAUGCGCGUGUAUUAUAAUAUUACGACCUAUGCAGUCUCGCGAGACCAAACGUACUUAAUGUAUUAAAGUACUUAAUAUUAUACAUUUAUUUGACUAUUACUAUUAUUUACUAUUAAGUUAAGUAGGCCUAAUACAGUAAAUAUAUAGACACAUAAAAACAACGAAAUUAAUUUCAACUUCUUUUAGAGUCCUAGUUACCUAAGACAUCGACAGAGAUUGAUCCUAUCCACUAAGACAUCUAUUAUCAUAGACAUUUAUUGCGUGUAAUACGGUGGAUUGGAUUAUUAGAGCCGCAUAUUUAGUUGACUAGAAAGGAUUAACAAAGGAACGACAAUCGCGUCGAUUGAGAAGGAACUUUAAAAUUCAGCAAUGUUAAUAAAUAGCAGGGCAAUCGAUGGAACUGUUUACAGUAGGAUUUGAAAUAGAGAUAUGAGGUGCACUUGUUUGCGAUCACCUAUAUUAGGAAACAUUAGUUUGAGUUGAGAGUGUACCCUCUAUACCACAUGGUGGCAUAGUUAUGAGAAAUAUGCGUAAUUUUUAAUUAGAACGGCAAAAAAUGAAAACAUUUACGUUGUACUCUUUUAAUUUGAUCACUUCCCGGUAAUGUUGGGGGACCCCAUAAGAUGAAACCAAUUCCCAUAAUUGAUCUUAGUUCUAACCAAUGAGUGGUUAGAGAAUGAAUAAGUUUGAGCUCAUUCACCACACAUUUUACAAGUACUUUUUGCAGGAGGUAGGUUCAAUAUGCUUAUAAAAGGAUAGAUUUAUUAGGCCCGUAGGCUGUAAAAAGUUUGGUACCCUGUUUUACUAGCCCUUCGUAAACAUACUUUGAUAAUAUUUAAAGAUGUAUAAUGUAUAUUAUAUACAUUUUAAAAUGUUUCAAUUAAUACUCAACUUGCAUAAAUAAUAAAAUAAUAUUUUGGAUUUAUUGGUACCAUAUCCAUAUGCCUACGCAUACAGGGCGUUUUUUUUCAUGAACCGACAAUUUUAAGAAAAUUUGGUUUCUGUUUUUUUUUUUUUAGAAUUAUUAUGAAAUCGGUUAGGUUUUAUUUUAAAACCAUUUUGAAUUUUUCACCCCUACUCCAUAUACCUUAAAUAAAUAUGUACUUUUGUUUUUCAAAUAAGUAAUCCUCUUUUUGAACACAUAUUCGAAUAGAGAAUAUUUUCUAGAAAUUUUGAUACAUAACAUAAUACUAAUAUCAGAUUUAUUAUUCAUGAGUUAUAACCGUUUAAAGUUUAGACCGGAGGAGUAGGAAAAAAUUAUCAAUUAAAAAUAGAUAGAUAUUUUGUUAUCCUUCCCCACUCCUUUGAUCUAAACUUUAAACUGCUAUAACUCAUAAACGGUAAAUCUGAUAUUUGUGUUACGCAAAUCAAAAUUUCUAAACAAAUAUUCUUUAUUCGAAUCUGUAUUCAAAAAUAGGGGUUACUAUUUGAAAAAAAAAAGUAUGUACUUAUUUAAGGUGUAUGGAGUAAGGUAUAAAAUUAAAAAUGGUUUAAAAAUAAAAUUUAUACGAUUCCACACAAUGAUUAAAAAAACAGAAAUAAAUUCACUUAAAAUCUCUGAAAUAAUUGCUGGUUCAUGAUAAAAAAAAAAUCACUUUGUAUUAUACAUACAAUUAAGUAAAAAUAUAAAAAUUAAACAAAAUUUAUUUUAGACACCUAUAUUAAAAAUAUAAAAUAACCAUAUAAAAAAAAGAUGGACAUACUCCGCACGAUGGGAGCGCCACUAUUGUUGGUGAGAAGUUGGAUAGGUAUAGGAUAUGGAGAAGAGUUUAAUUUAUAUCUGUAUGCAACGAUAAACGAUUCGGAGCAAAGUUUCUUUUAUACAUGUAUAUCAGUUUUUCGAACGUUUUUUCCAAUCAUUAUGAAAGCCACUUGGAAAAUUAAAAAAAAACAGUUCCUUAAAGUACCACCGAAAUAAAACAUUUUUUCGAAAAAGGUACUACAUUUGAAAAACAGAGCAAGAUUUCUCGUUAAAAAGUUGGUCACAGAUAAAAAGAAAAGAAGGAGAAAAAAUAAAAACCAUUGUAAAAUCUAUACAUUUCUUGCUACGCUCCAAAUAUAAAAUUAAUAUUAAAAUAAAUCAUUAUUUAUACUUUUCUUUUUCUUGCUUUUUGAUGGACAAAUGUGUUAAUAGUAUUAUUCAAAUAUAAUUUUUCAACCAAUUGUGUUUCCAUGCUAAAUACUGCUAAUGCAUUCACCCUUUUCUUCUUCAUAGUUGACCUCAUAUAGGAUAUUUACUUUUAUAAGAACGGAGACAGCCCUCUCGCUUAAUUAGUUUGAAACUGCUGUAUUAAGAUCAUAGGCGUGCGCACGGAUGUGGCUAAUAGGACUAUAGCCACACCUGAGAUUUUUAUUUAGAUAAGUACAAAGUACUUAGAUAAAAAGAGCCGAUAACUAAUUUUUUUUGGAAAAUCAAAAAUUGUAGACUAGUUUCUUCAGAAAUAUUAACUAUGAAAGAAGCAUUGACUAAAAUAAUCCAUAACUGGGUACAUUGGUUAAGUAAUGGUUAUCAUUGAAUUACUUUUAAUCAAUUUUCAAUUACUCUUAAAUUAUUUUUAACUAUGCCUUUUACAAGCUAUUCUUAUGAACGUUUCUUUUAAAAAUUGAAUUUAGUAAAGAUAAAGUUGCGGUCUAUUAGGAAUCAGGAACGACUGGACUCUUUAAUAUAGGUACAUGAUUAUUGAAGAAGAUCUUCGAGUUAUAAUUCAAGCAAUUAUGAUGAAGUAAUUGAAGAGUUUAAUGUUUUAACAGUAGGAAAACAAGGAUUAAUACUUUAAAUAAUUGUAAUAUUUCACAUGAUGUUUGUACUGUACUACUAUUUAUCAGUUUUAAUAAUACAUUUUAUUUCUGUUUACUUAUGUUUUACUUGGCUAUUUUAUUUUGAGGGGGGAUAUGUGAGGGGGUAGGUGGUCAAAAUAAAAUAAAAGCAACACUUGAAACCUUAGUCUGCACACGCCUAUGACUAAGAUACAUACGCAUAAUUAUUUACAAAUUUGGAAUCAUCAUUUGGAUUUAUUACAUUCAUAACAGUUUAUCUAAAUGUAUGAUAAAAGUUAAAACAGUCCUAUACAUAUAGUGACUACACUGGGUAACUUUUGGAUGUUCAUUUUAGUUUAGUCUCGAAAAAAAGUCAAAUACGUGUGAUAACAGUGAUAUAAAUAAUACCAGGGCAGUUUGCGGUGCCCCUAAAUCCGUGAUUGUGUAGGCUGCAGCUUACACUGCUUACUCCUUAAUAUACGGGCUUGGAUAGAUCAAACGAGAAAACCACAUCAAGAUUGGAAAGGACUGGUGUGAGAAUAAAUCCAUUUAUUGAAUGUAUAAAAUUCAGUGUACAAACUUACUUCUAAAUCGAACAGCUAGGUAUCUUAUUUCUAUUGCGAGCUUUUUUUAUGGCGGUAGGCAGAGAAUUGAGAAAAUAAUAUAAUGUACCUUUUGCGAUAGUAUUUAUUGGCUAAAAUGAAUAAUAGCUCUCGUAUACGAUAGUAUAGUCUUUCUAUAAGGUCCGCAAUGCAAAUAUUAUUAUAUUAUAUGCAUACAACUUAUGUAUACUUGUACCUACUAAUUAAAUUAUGUUCGCUUAAUCUGUUGGUGAAAACAUUAACCAACAAAAUUAUACCUAUAUUAUUAAUUAAUCAUUAAAUCCAACUGAAGUAUUGGAAAAAUUAGUUAAAAAGUAAGUAUUGUAAAUAAUGUUCAUGGUGUAAUUAAAUUUCAAAUACAAGUAUAAUUUUUGUUAUUGUUUAGAAUUAGUUAAUAUGUAAUAUCUAAUUAAUGUAUUUUGUAAGUAGUAUACAAUUUCGUUAAAUUCAUUAGGUUUUUUUUUCAGUAAGUCAGUAGGUACCUACGCUUAUACAAAGUUGUACCGAAAUCAUACAAUUUAAUAUCAUUCACGUAUUCAUAUCGAUAUUAUUAUAUUUAUAGUUGCAAGGACCUAUCAAACCCCCGCAUUCGUCAGUGUAAUAUAUUUGACACUUUUAUUAUAUAUGAGAUAUUGUGGGUAGAUACUACAAUAAAACUGUUCAUGUUUUAGUAUCGAUUUAAGUAUAUAGGAAUAUUUUUAUAUACAAAUGUUUUAUAGUAUACCAAAAGUGAUAAAACUGAGUGAUAUAAAAGUUUAAUUAAAAGUAAACCUACUUUAAAACGUAGUCACCUUGAUAGUAUACACUAUACACUAUAUAUAUACAUUAUAGGCCUAUAGAGUAUAUAGUAUAAUAUACGAUAGAGCAUAAUGAAAUGGAUGAGGUUUUAGAAACUAAACAUAAAAAUGAUCAAACACAACAACUUUACACAGGUAGGUAAUUGAGCCCUUAAAGUUUUGGAGUACUCAUAAACUGAAAAACAGUGUGAAGCUAUUUUAAUUCGGAACUUUAAUCAAAAUGAUAAAAUUUAAUGAUUUUUCAUUACUUUAAAUCAUCGGAAUAUUAAUAAUUUAUAUUCGUUACAACAAUGCAAAUUUAAACCAGUGUCCUAUUAUAUAUACAAAGUCUGUAUUUUAUUUUUUCAUUGGUAAUUUUAUAUAUUUUAAAACAUGAUCUUUGACAUACGACAUUACGAAACUUCAAGUCUUAAGUCUCAAGUAUUUUGAUACUUGUUUUGUAAUUAUAUAGUAUACUUGAUUAUAAUACUCGCUUAAUAACCCUUAAUAAAGGAUACAUUUAUAAUACAUGGCUGCUUUAAUUUGAAUUAUAUGGUCUUUGAAUACGAACAUUUAUCUUUUUUUUUUAUUGAUUUCUAAUUUUUCUAACCUUUUCAAAUUAUUAUUAUUAAUAAAAUAAUAAAAUAAAAACAAAAUUAUUAAAAUGUUUAAUACCCGUAAAUAAAUAUAUAAAUGAAACAUUUUUAUGCCUAUAUUAUUUAUUUAUAUUUUUAUUUAUUUUAUUUAUUAUCUAUUGUUAUUAUUUGUGUUUAUUUGGUUGUUAUGGCAAACAUUGCAAGUGACAGAGCUCCGUUAGUUAAUAAAAUGAAUUAAAGUAUUAGUUUUAGCCGUAGGUGUGACACUAACAAAUAUAAUGACCCCUAAUCGCUGAAUUGACUAAUAAAUAAAAUAAACAAUGCAAAUUUUUCGCCAUUGGUCAACGACAAUUAAAAUUUAAACAUAUAUUUAUUUUGAUUUAUUUUUAUAAUAUUGGUAUACAGAUAGUGACGUGUAAGUAUUUUCAUAUGGAGGGAGAAAUCUGAAUAUAACUUGUUAUAGGUAUAAAAUCAUUAAACAUUUUUAACCCAGUUUUCAAUCAGUUUGAUCGAUGUAAAGUGAAGUGAUACGAAUUCUGAAAACAGAUUUCAUCAUAAGUAAAAUUGACCAGGCCACUUUUGUGAACUUUAAUUCUUAAUUUUCAAAAUUUAGAUUUUAAAACAUUUCCAGCAUCUUUUCCAUGUGCUUGUACCAAUUUAUCUGUGAGUGUUGUGUUUGGUUUUGUCUACAAUCCGUUUGGCGCUUCCUACUAUCGCAAAACUUAUGUUGCUAAAUUGGUCAUGUUAUCUGCUAAAUGCUUAGUAUUCCUUAAAGUAUAAUAAAUAAAUAAAACGUAUAGGUUUUAAGUAAGUUUUUUGGAAACAAGAUUGUCGAGUGCCUAUACAUAAUGUAUAUAGUUUAAAAAAGUCAUUGACGGUGUGUUUUAGACUGCGGAAAGUUUGAAAAGUUUCAAUAAGAACCUAAUGGAAACUUGUUGGUGACACCUGAUUUAUAGUUAAUAGAAAAGGUGUGGUAGAGUAGGGUUAUUUUUGGUUAUUGGACGUGUUAAAAAUUAAAUUGGUGAUUCAAGGUUAAAAAACUUCGCUAUUAUUUCCUCGUUUGUGACAACUAAAUUAUAUUAAAUAAUAACUGUUCUUUUUCAUCCGUGUCAUUAAUGUAACCUAGAGAUAAACAGCAAAAAGUUCAAUUUUCAUCCUGAAAUUUCCAAACACAAUGUGACAGCCAUCUUUUAAGGGUUAUAUUUUGAGAUAAAAAUCAUUCGGCGAACACGUUCUUGUUUCGAAUGUCAAGUGUACAACGUUUCAAUAAGAUCGGAAUAAAACUACAUUUUUAUAGAGUGGACAGACGAACUUUCGAUUUUAUGUAUAAAAUAUCGUCGCCUCCUUUACAAAACUACAUAACUCGAAACUUCGAUUUUUAACAUAUUUUUUUUUGAUAAUUCUAUGUUUUGAAUUUUUAUGAAUAUUUUAAACGUCUUUAAAAUAAAUAAUCUAUCGUUUUUCUUGUGAUUAUGGCGUACUCCAAAUACUCCUAUCCAAAAAUUAUAAAAUAGAAACAUCAACCUAUCUCGAUAAUAAAUAAUACAAAACACCGAACUCGAUUAUCAGUUUCUCCUUUCUCCUGGACAAUUUCGAAAAAUCGAUUUAUGCGGUUUCGCCAUGGAGACGACGAUAUUUAAAUAAUAUUAUGUUAUGUUGAUAAUACGGUUCUGCGUGACAAUAAUUAAAUGUCCGAUUGUUCGGGAUGAAAACAAAAUCUGCAUUUUCCAUACUCGACGUGUGCCGUAUAGGUAUAACAGUGUAUUACAAUUUACAGUAUACAUAUGUGAUGACCGUCGCGACGGCGGCGGCCGGACGUCUUCUUCGACGUGGUCCCCGAAUACCUAAGGCGUAAAGUUUAUAUUUAUCGGUCUAUUUUUACGAACCUGCGUGCAUAAGCAUUGCACGCUCGCACAUACGCGUACACACGAAUAUUACGAGUAUAUUAUACGAAUUCGUCGGACAACAUUGACUUCCGAGAUUAGUCUUUUCCGAAUUACGCGUUAUUAUGCAGUGGGUGCAUUAAACACGUUACAGUGCGAUUAUUGAGUGCGGAAAUUAAAAAAAAAAAAAUCAAUAAAUAGCAUUUGCAAUUCGUUUCAUUUAAAUAUAAUAUUAUAAUUUUCAUUGUAUACUAUAAUAUUAUAUCGCAUAUUAUACUACUAUAUAUUUGGUACACACGCGCAAGUACGACGUUGACAUUGAUCGAACGAUAAAAUAAUAAAUAAUAUUAAUUUAUUAUGAACAACAAGAAAAUAUCAUCGGUCCACAACGUCAACGUAAGUAACUUACAGUAGCUAUAUCAUUUUUCGAUCAUUUAACAUUGUUUGAGAUGCCGAGCGAAGCGUAUGGUUUACUAUAUUAUUAUGACUGUGAGCUUUCAGAUUCUGAGUGAAGCAACUUUUUUUUUGUGAACAACUUUUCUAUCAGAAAUCUCGCCCAGAUAUUCAAGUGGAGUACUUUUAAUGAAAUUAAAUUUUAUUUACUUAGUAAAUCGAGAUCUUUUUUUGAAUUUCCAAGUGGUUUUCAUAAUAAUUAGAGAAAACUAGGAAAAAACGUAGGAAUAAACGGACAAAUAUUUAAGUAGUAUAACGAUUCGAUCCAUUCUAUUGCUUCUAUCGAAAAAUGCCGAACUUUUUAUAAUAAUUGGGAAAAACCAAAACAGACGAGAAAUGAAAACUGAUAAAUUUCACGAUUCUUUUAUUUUAAAUUUUUUUAGCUUAUGUUUUCUGUUCAAAAUAUUGUUUCAAUAGAAAAACAACAAGAGAUUUUUCUGGUUGCAGUUUUAAUAAGAAAGUGGUUUUUUUGAAUUUUCGUGUAGUAUUUUUCAAUAAUAUAGAAAAACUGAAAAAACAUAGAAAUAACGGGAAAAUAACGAAGUAGAAAUUUUAUUUUUUUCAAUUUUUUUUUUUGUUGUAAUCCAAUUAAAAAUAUUUGUAGACUUGAAAUUUGAAACUUGAGUAUUUUACGUAAUUUUUAUUCGGUGCGUACUUAGUGGACAGAAUUGUUAGACCAAACAAAAAUGCUUGAAAAUUUAAUAGGAGGUUCAUUAUACGUUGUACUUUAUGGUAAAAAAAAUUGAAUGUAAUGUGUAAUGUAUAAUUUUUUUUUAUACGAAUUUUAAUAUCAAAUUUUGAUGAAAAACGUAAAUAUUACGGCCAUUUAAAACAUGUAUAACUGAACCCUGCUCAGAAUCGUUUUUCAUUUGGUAUCAGUAAUGAUUAAUCGUUAUGUACAGAUAUAAAUUAACUUCCUCCAAAUUCCUCUCUGCAUCCUAACUUCCCAAUUUCUUACCUACAACAGUAGCUCAUUCAUCGUGCGAAGUAUAUCUGUUUCUUUUUUGUUUUGUUUUGUUUUAUAUCAGUUAACAACUUAUCUAUGAAAAUAUUGUCACAACCGUCAUCAAUAUCAUUAAUGAUGCUUUCUAGCCUAUACAUAUUUAAAUAUGUUCCUUGUAAAUAAAUAUUCCUUGUAGUUUUUUUUAAUAAUUAGAAAAAUAGAUCAGAAAAACAGGAAAAUGUACGUAAUACGUUUUCUGUUCAUUACAAUUUUGAUUUUGUUUUGUCUUGUUUUCUUAAAAUUUAGUAAAUAAUGAUUGCAGAGACCUUAAACGUUCUCCAAAUGUUUAUAUUAGGACUUUCUAGACGUGAUACAAUUUUUUAAACAUUCUGGCGAUUCUUGAAUUGUUCAUAGGACUUAAUUUUUGAGGUUUUUUGUCGGUUUUAUGUGGAUAACAAUUUCCUGAUUUAUUUUUAUCAAUUUUAGAUUCGAAUUGAUCGUAAAAUUUAGUAAAUACUCGUAAAUUUUAUUUUAAAAAUAUAUAUUCAAUUUAUACAAUUUUAUUUAAAUACAACGCUCAAUUUAAAUUUAUCAAAAAAUGUUUUAACUUAACUCAGCUCAGAAUCGAUGCAUUCAGUAAAUUACCCAAUACUACCCUAUAUAUUAUCUUACAUUCGCAAUUUCUCAUCUACAACAGUGGCCUACUCAUGAACAGAAUAUAUACUGUAGGAGAAGCGUAGUGACGGUACACAAUACAUUCGUAGUGGACUGGCUUUUUUAAAUUUAAUAAUUUUGAGCUUUUAGUAAAUAUAACAUUAAGAAAAGUCUCCGGAAUUUGGAUAAUACUAAAGUAAUUUAUAUGCAAGUCCGUGGUAAACUACCAUUAAACUGGAAAUCGAUCACGCAUUUUGUUAUUCAUUUCGUUUAUGCUUAUUGCUUAUGUUAAUAAUAUUGUUAUAAAGUUUCAAAAUGUUCUAUUUUUCAUAAACGUAUAACGACUGAUAAAAUCGUUGUUUUUCUUAGAUUGUUUUACUCAUACUACCGUAUAUUUUUUCUGAAUCUAUAGGUAUGAUAUAAAUUCAUAUUCGCAUAUUUUUGAUUUUGCCAGUUUUUUUUGUGUACCUUAUUAAACAGUUUAUUAUUAAUGUAUACAUAAAUAUCAGAUUACUAAAGGUGAUUUAGUAGGUGGAAAUAUUUAGUCCAACACAAUUUAUACAAUUUAUAAUGGUUUAACAGUAUAAUUACAACAUAAAAAUAUAUUUCAUUAUUAUUAUUCUUCUUUCUUGUACCCAUAUGACUCAAACGAGUAACAUUUAAAACUAUGUAUUGAUUCAUCGAAACAAUAAUGACCUUGUGGUGUUUAUACAUUUCUCGCAUGGAAUAAUAUAAAACUUCAAGUAAUGGUGGUUAACCCAAUGUAAAAAUACGAUAUCGUGACGUACUCGUUUUUAUCGAAUCAACUCAAUCUUGAGCUUCUUUAACGUGUCAAAAGAUGUAAAAUGUGUGACAUAAUUCGUUAUUAUUAUUUUUGUUUUAGUAAAUCAUUUAUUUAAUAAAGUGCAUUGUAUCUAUACCGACUAAGUAUUAAAAAAUUAAAAAAAUUAGUAAUUUAUUUAUUUUAAGUAGGUAUACUAACUAGAACUGCAUCUAAUAGUUAUAACUCUAUAAAUGAUAUUGGAAUGUAAUAUUAUAAUAUAGGUGAAUAGUUACAAAUACUAAAGUUAUGCAUUUAUAAUACUGUAUUAUACGUACCAACAUGCGUACAUUUUUGUCUUGCCUUGGGUACUUAACUCAAUUAAUUUUACUAUCUUUAUUGUAUUAAAUUAAAACUAUACAAAUACAUACAAAUAGUGCGUCAAUAGAUACAAUCAUAUUUGUUUUUGUGAUUUUGUUAAUUUAAAAUUAUUAUACAGGAUGAUUUUUUUUAUCAUGUACCAGCAAUUAUCUCAGAGGAUUUUAAGUGAAUUUGAUUUAUGGUUUUUCUAAUCAUUAUGGAAUCGUUUAAGCUUUAUUUUAAAACCAUGUUUAAUGUUUCACCCCUACUACAUAUACCUUAAAUGAGCGCAUACUUCUGAUUUUCAAAUAGGAACCCCCCCCCUCUUUUGAACACAGUUUUGAAUAGAGAAUAUUUUUCUAGACAUUUUGAUAUGCAUAACACUAAUAUCAAAUUUACCGUUUAUGAGUUAUAACAGUUUAAAAUUUAAACCGGAGGAGUAGAGAAGGGUCAUAGAUAGGUAAUUUAUUACUCUAGAAAAAACAGAAAUCAAAUGCUGGUUCAUGAUGAAAAAAUCACCCUGUAUAGGUAUAUGAAUUAUAAUUUCAUACACAUAUUAAUUAAUAUUGAACUGUAAUAUUAUAAUAUCGUGUGUUAUAGCAUAAUAUAAGCAAAUAAGAAUUAAAUUCAUAAGGAAAUCGUACAAAGUUAUAUUUUAGCUAAUGUAGUACACGUAUAUUGAAUAAACAAAUUUUGUUUGCUAUAAGUAUAGAAAAUGAAAACAAGUAAUUUUGUAAUAAUAUUAUAUGAUUGUACACUAAUUAUGUGUACUGCAGGUUUGUAAAGAAUUUUUUUUUAAUUUGUGAUAAAUGCUAAAGCAUCAAAAACUAAUUUUAGAUUUGAACUGAAGCAAAAACUAUUAGUUUUACUAAGCGUUUUUUUCAGUUAGUAAAAAUUUUUCACAUUGUACCUAAAAAGAUGUGGAAUUUUCGUCGAGUGGUUCUUUAUUUAAAAAUUUGUUUAGAUUCCUGACAGGUUUUAACUUAACAAUUAGGGCAGCUGUCAACAAAUAGGUAUAUCGGUUUUAUUUUGGUAAAUUUCUUAGUCAUAUUAGUUACGAGAGAAAUAACAUGAAUAUUGCUUUAGUCUUUAUAAUAACCUAAUAUAGUAAUCUUACUAGUUUACCGAACUCCACUUAAAAUUGAUUAUACAUACAUACAUCAAAUAAUCAUAUAUAUCUUAUUUAUAUCUGGCUUUUUAUUUGUAUGAAAUUAUUAACUCAUACCUGAACCAUAAUUUAAAAAAAAAUAUAUGUGUAAUUAUAUAUUUGUAUAAUUAAAUACCUGUGUGGAUAUAUCGGUUGAAAUAGAAAUAUUAGUAUAAUUUUCAAAUCAAUAUAAUUCGUAUAAUGGCAUAUUAUUCAUAAGACCGUUAUCGUUACGACGGCUUUUAUUAAAUUUCCCAAAGGUUUUAAGUACGUUUAUAUAUUAUACUGGUUCUAUACAAUAAAAAUUCUCUAGAGAAAUUACACGCAAAAAACAUUAACGGAGGAAAACAUGUCAAUUUUAAAUUAUACUAUAGAAUUGAAUAUAUUUUUACUUUACAACACGAAGGAGUAAAAACUGUUUUUUCCUAAUAGUAUACUUAGGUAUACCUAUUAUUUUAUAGCUUGUUAUAUACAUAAACUUAUUAGCUAAAUGUUUGUACAUAUAUAUUUUAUUAUGAAUUUCGUAUUUUUUAAUCAAUAGGCACCGAACCGUCUAAACUGAAUAAUUGAACAAUUAAAUAAAUAAAACUGUGUAAACUUAAUGAAACAAAUCAUUUAAUAUCAGUCUUACUUUUUCAAUUUUUCAAUUAGUUUAUUUUUUUAUUUUUUUAUAUCUGUAAUGUAACUAACAUAAUACAAUCGAAAUAUUGAGUAUAGACUGUUUUUGAAUUAUCGUAGUAUAUCUAAUUUUGGAAUGUUGAAAACAAUUGCCAUUUUGGCUCUGAAACACAUUUUUACUGUCAAUAGGUGACGAAUGAUGAUGGUACGACAUUUAAAUGUAUCCAUAUAUAUAUAUAUAUUUUUAAUAGUUCGUUACCCAUAUCUCAUAUCUAAAAAUAUAUGAGAUUAUUCCUAUUUUUAUAUUAAACGAUUUAAAUGUAAAAUAAUUUUAUUUAUUUCAUUUAAACCGAAUUCGACGGGUUAUGUGAAUCACGAUUACUCAUGACACAGUUUAUAUUUAUGCACUUUUAGAAAUAGUUCAGUGGAUAUAUUAUUGUCCAUUAGAUUUCUAAGAAGAACCAGUUUUUUUUAGGUAUCAUUCUAUUUGUAGCUUAAAAUUAAUAGUGAAUUUCUAUACAAUUUCACGGAUGUAUUUUGUGAAACUAAUGCGUAUAAAAUACUAUAAUAAUGCACCUAGAAACGAAAAGAAAUUUGGUAAAUUAAAAAAAAAGUUUGGUUUAGAUUAUGAUUAUUAGUGUCUAGAAAAUGUAUUAAAUUGCACGUUAUACGAUUAUAAAUAACAUAAGUAAAACAUCAUAAAUAAUAAUAAAAAUAGACUAAUAUGUUGACUUGGAUAGUUGAAAGUGUAGCUGCUGUGAAUUAAACCGUAUGUCCUAUUUGACCUUUACGCGAAAAGGAAAUCAAUAGUUUCGUGAGUUUGCCUUAUAACGGCAAUAUGACGUAUAAAAUCAUAUUAUAAUGUCGAACUAAAGUGAAUAAAUUAUUUUUAAUAAUUUAAUUAGUAGGUACCUAUUUACUAUAUGUAUUUUUAUGGGUUUUAUGUUUGGGUUUUAAGUACCUACCUAAAUAUUUAGGUACCUUAAUGUACAUUAUUUAUUCAUCGAUACAUUUUAAAGAAAACCUAAUAACCAGUUUAAAGUUCAUAAAGUAAUUUUAUAUUCAAGUUGGAUAAAUAACACAAUUUUAUUAUUUAUUAUAACCGAAAAUGUGAACUACCAAAAAGUAUAAUAUCAAGUUGAUAAAUUAUUAUCUGGCUACAUAUUAUUAGUUAUUAGUACUUAUUACGUUCGAAUACAACCAAAUGAGACUUGCAUGCUCACAAUUCAAAUUGUUAAAUAAUUGCAUUGUUGUGUAAAUUAUAGUUGUGAAAAUAAUGAAAUAUUUCUUGGUUUAUUGGUUUGCGAGGACGUCAUAUCUACAUGCGGUGUUCUCUGUCUUACCUGCUAAUACACGAUACAUGACAAAUUUGGCGCAUCCGAGUUGGGUCCUGCGUUCAAAAAUUUACUUUAGUUAGGUCCCGAGUUAAUGUGGGUACUAUACUAAUUGGGUCCCAGAUUUUCACAGGUUGUACAAUAGUUGGGUCUCGAGUUAAUAGUGGGUAGAAUAGAAGUUCUAAAAAGUUCUAAAAAGACACUUACAUCAAAAUAAGAAGUAUGAAAAAAACGACGUGAAUGUAUUUUACAAAAAUAAUAAUUUAAAAAGGAGAAAAAAAUUGCUACUAUAAAUCGUUUUGACAUUGUCAAAACGCUCUCUUAUAAAUUUAUAACUAAUUAAUUUGUACAUUAGUAUUAAUUAUUAAAUUAAAUUAAAUAACACAUUUUUAAAAUUGUUUUUAUAUUAUAUUAAAUUAGUAUUCUUUAAAAAACCGGAGGCCAUCUUCUGAAUGUUUUCCAAAAUAUUAAUUAAUCUGGCAAAAUAAAGAUUUUUUUACCUGUGUUUUGUUUUAAAUUAAAAAUCACUGACAGUCCUAAGUGUGUAAAAAUGAGAAGGAAAUUUUGUUUUAUUAAUUAUUGCUUAUAAAUGUUUGGAAGCAACUCGUAUACAACCUGCCGAAAGCUGAGACCCAACUAGCAUAGUACCUAAAAUUUAUCGGGACCCAAUUAGUGUACUACCUAUCCAAACCACUUGGAUUCGGGACCUAAUUCAGAUGCAGCCCACAAAUUUACAUUUAAAAGGAUCAAUUUUGUGAUGUUAGUUUUAAUAAUACAGUUAACUGAUUUUAUCAGACUUAAUGUUAAGAAAAUUAUUUGUAUUUAUACUCGUAUUUGGUAUUUUUUUAUGGUAGCUAGUAGGUAGCUAUGUAAAAUAUUAAAAUUUAAAAAUACAUACAGUUUAUCGUAAUAUCGAAAAAAAAAAAUUUGAACAUUUGAAUGGUAGCAAAUAAGCAGGUAAGAGCAGACUCCUACUUGCAUAGCUUAAGUUACCUACCUUUUGUUUGCUCUCGAAAUCUCAAAUAUUUUAAUAAUAACGUCUUUCAGACAAUAAUCACAUAAAUAUGGACUGCGUCCCAUUUUUAAUUUUUCUUGUAAAUUACGGCCUAUACUUUGUAUAUAUGACUAAAUAUUAUUUAUUCAUAUAUAAAUUACUUCUUAGAUUUUUUUUGCAAAAUCAAUAUUUUCCUUCCCGUUUUUUAGACUUAUAGUCAGGCAAUAUUAUAAUUGUAUACCUAAUGGUAUGGUUAAAAAUAUUGGUUUGCUGUUUUUUGUAUAUAACUAAUUAAUGUAUUAUUAAAAAAGGACGGACAUACUUCGCACGUGGGUGUAGCCACUGUUGUAGGUGGGAAGUUGGGAAGAUAGGCUACAGACGGGAAUUCAAUGUAUAUCUGUAAGCAACGAUAAACCAUUGCUAACGAAAAAAUAUGGUAUUAUGUGAUAUUAUGGUAAAAUGAUUAAAAAAAUGUGCGUUUUCAUGAACAACACUGAUUGUUUAAAAAAUAUUAAAAUAAUAAAAUCUUAAUGAUAACAAAAAAUAAAUAAAAACGGUUGUCAAUGACAACCUUAUUUUUAGUCCUUCAAUCUUUUUUAACCUAAAGACCGAGUUUUCCUCAUUAUCUCGAAUAUUAAUGAAAAUUUCAAAAAAUGAUCUCUUUAAAGUACCACCCAGAGAACAUUUUCUGAAGAAAAAUGUGUUAUACUUGAUAAUCGGAGUAUGCUUUCUCGUAGAAAAAAGUUUUCACUUAAAAAAAAAAAAUAAAUAUUAUUGUAAAACUAAUUUAUUCCUCGUUCCACUCAGAAUCUAAAAUUGCAAGUUUAUUUUUUUAAGACCAACAUUUUUUAUUAUAUUGUCAAUAAAUUCAGUUAAUCUAUCUUCAAUUUUUUUCCUAUGAACACUCACCAUGCAUCAAGCCUUUCAUUACUUAUUGUUGACUUUAGCCAUGUCUUAACUCUGCGCAAAGUACUGAAAGACCUUUUUACAGUGCAAGUUGUAGGUGGCAAUAUAAUAUAUAUUAGUAUUAACUGUUUGACUUCAGGGAAUAAUAAUUCACUUCAUAAUUUUCUUUUGGAUACUUUAUCAUUUUCUAAAGGGGCAUAUCCCCUCCAAUGGGCACCCAUUGUAACAAAAAUAUACAAUAUACUUUUCAUUAAGUCAUAAUGGAUAUAUUCAUUAGGUAAAUUUGGAAAAUUGUUAUGUCGUGUAUUUGUAAGAUGGAACAGUACGUCAUGCCGGAAUGGCAUUCUCUAAACGACGGACUACGAGCUCCAGAAUAAUACAUGUAUUUAUAUUAUAUUAUACUUACAAAAUUUUUUUUACGAAAUUUGUUUAUUAUCACUGAAUUUUAAUAUUAUCAUAUUAUUCAAAAUCUAUCAACAAAAUGAAGGGAGAAUAUAGUAUAUGGUUAUGUAUUAGACUAUUAUAAUUAACUUAAUUACAUUUCGUAAUUAUAAUAGGUACAUUACAUUAUUUUUAAAUAAAUAGGUACCUACAUAUUAUUCAAUUAUUAUCAUUAUUUUUUCAUGACGCAUUAUUUGAAUUUUCACUCACUGACAUAAUUGUAUGUAUCUCAAUAAUUGACGAUAAUAUACUCGUAUUUGAAUAUAAUCUGCAUAAAUUAAAUAAAAAAACUUUUUAUAUCAUUUACCAUUAUUCAAGGUAUUUUUUUCUAAGUGAAAAAUAUUUUUGCAAGUAGGUGUAUAGGUUUCCCUCCUAAGGAAAAACGCCGUAAGUUCAAACAAAUUUAAAAAUGAAUUAUAUACAUCCGAAAAAUCGUAAAAUUCAGAUAUUUUAGGUCAAUAUGUCAUAUGUCUAAAAUAUUAUUCUAUAAAACGACUAUUAGCAAUAUUGGUUUUGACAAAAUGUCGUAAAUGGCCGAAAAGUUCAUGUUUGCUAGGUAAAAACAUCGUAUAAUAACCAUGCUAAACAAAAACGCCGUAUAUCAUAAUAUAUUUAUGAUACGGCAUUUUUGUUAAAUAGGUAUUUAAUAAAAAUAAUAAUUUGCGGCGUUUAUACUUAGUAUAAAUAGUCGUUUUACUUAUCGUAAUAUUAUAACCAAUAAAUCAUCAAAAUAUAAUAAAAGUUAAUAUAAUAAUAUACAAACUUUACAAAUGAUACAAUAUCAGUUAUUUGUUAAUUAUUUAUACGAUUACCCAUGGAAUGGAUUAUAUUCACGAGUCUAUUCAGGUAAGUUCUAUACACCAAUUAUACUAAGGAUCAAUGUAAAAAGUUAAGUAAGUACUAUAGAAUUUAUUUAUUUUUAUUCCAUUGCAUCUAUCACAUGAAAUACCAUAUGAAAAUCCAUAUCAUACUUUAAUAGAUAAAAUGUAAGAGGUAUUAUGAAUUUUAGAAAAUCUAAAAUAUCAAAACCAGUUUUUCUCAAUGAUUUACGGCGUUUUUACUUAUGAGGUAUUAUAGUUAGGUAGGUACUUGAAUUGGCUUAUUAAUUAAAAUCAAUGUAAUUGAGAGACUCUGUGUAUUUGGCUCAAAAACAUGCUUUACGUGAAAAACUCUCGAGCCUUAUAGAAAGGCCCGAUAUUGACGAUUAUUUUUUUCGUCGGACAGAGUCAGACAGAGAAAGAUUAGCCUGACAAUGAAUUGCGUUUUCCAAUAUUUAAAUUUCAAAUAUUAUAUUAAGUCUUUAAAAAAAAUGUAUGUAAGGUUAUUUAAUCAAUUUUUCAUACCAUUAUUUGAAAUAAAAUAAAAAAUCGGAGUUGCAUAAUAUUGUUUUUUAUUAAAUACAAACAAAAUGGUAUAGAAAUAUUAGAUUAGUAAUGAAAUAUCCCUAUUAAUUCCCGUGAACAAAUAUUUGUUCGUAAAAACAGUCGUACUCCUUUCCCAAGAUGUAUAUGGGAUAGUACAUUAGUGAAAAAGAGUUUUGUCAUUAAAAGUUUAAAAAUAAAUUUCAAAUUGUACCUAUAAUAUUGGAGAAUAUUUGAAAAAUCGCCACUGGAAUUCUUAUGCUGGUCGUAAACCGUGUAAUGUGCCGGUUACGUAGUGAAAACAAGAUAUGUAGGUAUUUCAGGUCUACGCACUUGACCAUGGAAAUCAUAUUCCAAAGAUCACCAGUUUCUUUUGGCUAAUGGUUUUUUGCUCGUCUAUUUUUAGCAUUGUGGUUAGCAUAUAUAAGUGGUUAACAUAAUAUAUCGUAUUUGUUUGUAAUUAUUUCAAGUUGCAUUUAUUUAUUAUUUUAUGUAUGUAAAUUGGAACAAAAAUAUUGUAAACAUCGUCUUCUUAUACAAGAAUAUCUAAUUAUUAUUUAUUGUUUAGUUUGUUUUAAACAAAGUUUUUAUCACAAUAACUUUAGAUUCUGAGUAGAGCGAAGAAGCUAAUAGUUUUACAAAGAUGUUUGUUAUUAUUAUUUAUUUUUUUUUUUAUCUUUGUGCAACUUUUCUGCCAGAACACUUGCUUAGAUUUUUAAGUGUAACACCUUUUCUGAAUAAAAAUCGGUGUGGGGAAGUACUUUUAGGAGGUAAUUUUUCGAUUUUUUCAGGAGUUUAUUCAUCAAAUUUGGAAAACCGAAAAAAUCUGAGGAAAAACGGGAAAAUAUAAGAAAUGUAGAUAUUAGUUAAAACUUUUGGUAAAACUUUAAAUAAAUAUUAUUAAAGAAACUUUAUAAAGCCUAUUUAUUUAUUUUACUAUAAUAUGGCAUGUAUAUUGUUGACAAAGCAUCACUAUUAACUGAACUUCGCUCAGAAUCGUUUUUUCGUAAGCAAUGGUUUAUUUUUUCUUACAGGUAUGCAUUAAAUUACCUGUUACAGUAGCUGCACCCGUUCUAGGACGUCUUUUUAAAUUCCCUUUUUAAUCAUCUAUUUUCUUAAAUAUGAAAAACUGCAAAAUUAAUACUAUACCAAUUUUAUAAAUUUGAAAUAAGAUCGGUAAUAUGUAUUUUAAAACUAAAUGUGUAAUGUGAAUUAUGAUUACAUAAUUAUAGUUCACAUUGUGAAUAUGUUAUUAAUAUAGUUGUAGCACAGUGGAUUUAAAAAAAAAAAAAAAUAGGAUUUAAUAUUUUUUAAAUAAACGCCGGGCCUUCCUGUAUGAUUUCUAUCUAGAUUUACCAAUACGAUUGUUUCAUGUCCAACAUACGAUUAUGUAGAUAUCUAUAAUACACAAUAUUAGAUUACCGUGAUUGGAGACACGUUUUGUAAACCGAUCUGUAAGGAUAGUGGUCGGAUGUGGGAAACAAGUAUCUAUAUGUUAAUAUUAUCAUAUUAUUGUAAAGAUCGGAUACACAGCUAUACUCGAAUACGUAUACGAAAAGACUCACGAAUUCUGUAUUGUCACAUACAUUAUUAUAAUAGAGAAUCAUCAGAUGUCUUUCAAUAAAGUAUAAUAUUGCAAAACUUAAAUAUCACAAUGUACCUGUAUUGUAAAUUAUGUAAUAAUUUGGAUAGAAUAGAUACUGCAUUUUUUUUUAUAAAUUAUUAAUACCGGGGAAAAAUUGCUUAAAUAAAUUACAUUAGACAGAAUAAUAAUAAAAAAAAGUUAAAAUUGAGUUAAGCUCUUCUUCCUUGGGACCUAAUAAAUAUUAAGAGAAAAAUUCUUAAAAAUAAUAAUGCAGAUAAUGAUAAAUAAUUCGAAAUUGUCUAUCUAGAUAUUUGUUUUGCGUUCCCAUCAAUAUAAAUAUUAAAAUCACAAAUUUCAUCAGAAUUCUUCUAUUAUUAAUUAAAGAUAAUCUGUUUCCCACCGAACUGUAUAAGAUAAAAGAUAAAGCUGUACCUAUACCUAAAUAAAAAUAAAUUCUGGAUGCAUCUAUAUAAAUACUAUUGAUAAUCAAACGGCAAGUAGAUAGAAUAUAAUUUUAUAUUAGGUAUAGAAUAAUAUUAUAUUCCUGUUUUAUUGCAUCGUUUUUUUUUUUUUACGCAUUUAUUAUACGCUUUUUAAUUUUGUCGUAUUAAUUGAUACAAUUGAUACAAAUUGAUAUACAAUUUAUAAUUAUGUAUCGAUUAAGUUCAAAGAUCUUUUAUGAUAAUGAUAAUACAAUUUAUUAUAAAACAUCGUAGAUGGAUCUAGAGUUUGCCGCAUCAGUGCCUCGAGACGGUCGGCUAAAAAUAAUAAUAUUACACAACUGCGUACUGUGUUUUUGGCCAAAUGUGUGUAGUCGUGAUCGUCGAAAAUUAUUAAAGAAUAAAUAUGAUUUACGUUGAACGAGAACGGGGACACACUCAGAAAUAUAACAUUUACAUAAUAAUAAUUUUACUAUCGUCGUCGCUGGGAUACGGUGUGUUGUGAUCAGUGAUAAAAGUGGUAGGAGGGGGAGUGUUGUUUUUUAUUUAAUGUAAAAUUAUCCGUUUCCUUUAGUUCUCCCUUCGAAGUCCCAGGGAAGGCUUUUAUUUUUGUUAUUGGGGUAAUUUCAAUGAAAUAUCAAAGGCUCACACAAAUUUAAUAUAAUUUAAUUGAAAAUUAAUUCUUUAAUAUUGACUUAUUAUAAUUAUAUAAAUUACAAUCAAAUUAUUUAAAUUUAUUUUUACUGAGCGGGCGAAUUAUAUGGUGUAUGAUAAUUGUUUUGAGGAGGGAAUUUAAUUUAAAACCAAAUUAGGAUAACAUUUUUUACGAACAAAUUUAUGCGGAGAAAAACAUUUUGGAAGUGUCGACUCUAUGGGACCCCAUUGGAAGCUUGCUCGCCUCUAGUUAUUUAGAGGCUCGGGAACGCCCCGCAGUUUUUAAUAAACAUAGUGCCCCCUCGAAGCUUUCUAUAAGGUUAUAACAUCGGUGGGUCGUAUAUUCGAUUCGGAAACAAAAAUUUGACCACGAUUCGCAUAAUACUGUGCGGAACGGCGUGCGUGCGUAGUCUUUGGCCUUCUGACCAUGUAGGGAGAGUACCCUUCGCAGUGAAUAUACUUAUACGGUGACGGGGUCGGGCGUCGGAAAAUUCGCGUCUCGUCGACGUUGCCGGAUUUAUUUUCGCAGUUUUUCGGUCGUUCCGGGCACGGGGUGGUGACGACGGUCCCGUCCGCUCCGCACCGGAUCCGAUCUGCACACCCCUCGCGGAGCAGCCGCCGCCGCGUAUUGAUUUUGCACGGUCUGCGGCGCCGCUGCCGUCGUUACGCCGCGACCCAUGUAUGGCACCCGCACGAACGCCACCGCCACCCGACAACACGCCGCCGAUGCGGCUGCCGUUCGAUAUAAAUGUUUAUUGUAUAAAACACCGUACUCUUUCCCUGUACGGCCGUUCGUUCCGCCGCCAACGCCUUCGGUGUUUUUAUUGCGCUCUCACACGCAUUGCCAACCUAAAAGCACGCGACCUCCACUCCCUUUCACCCUACCACCGUUCGUCCCGUCUACUCAUGUAAUAAUAUACCGAGAGACAGUAUAGAAUGUCAUCUGAUGUCACCGCCGAAUUGCGCAAUUUACCCAACGUUGAGAUAUAAUAUGAGGGUAGUAAAAAAUAAAUAUAGAAACAGAUAAAUAUAAUACCCAUCAAAUUUUUUGACGGGCUGAAAAAUAAUUUUUUUGAUAAUAUCGAGUAGUAUGUAUUGUAUUUUAUUUUAACUUUUAAGUAUUAUUUUAUGUUUGGAUAGCUGUAUGUACAUCUUUGUGCAGCAAUAAUUAUUACGGACGGCCGUUUCAGAUCGCGUAUACGCCGAAAUUUCACUGAGUAUAUCAUCAACAUAAACUUUAGUCAUCGAGUUCGUAUACACGCAUACAGCAAGUGUGUUUUCAAUGAUAUUUACGCUUUAUUUUCGAAUCUAAUAGUAAACAACCCGAUCUGCAGAUGACCGGAAUAGUUGUAGAGGUACUUUAAGUACAAUUAUUAUUUCGCAAACAGAUUUCCCGCAUUGACUACGAUAGUUUAAGUUUGUUUAUAAAUUAUAAUAUUAAGACUUGCCCACUGGGAAUUAAAUCAUUUAGUUUAUCUAAUGCAAUAUUUUUAUAUUUGUUGAACAAUUAUUUUAUUAGGUAUCUACGCAAUUAGGUAUCUUUUGUGAUUUCUUUGCUUUGCGCAUCGUUUUUCGGUGAAAACCUAUCUGAUUUUCGUACGGCCAUAUAGGUGCCUAGGUUAGUUUUUUUUAGACAUGGGGGUAUCUUUAUUCCUUGUAUAGUUUGUAUAGUUUUAUUAUACGGGUCAUAAACAUGCGUACACACACACACACACACACAGGUGUAUGCGGCAUUUGCAGCAAGUGCGCACCAGUUACGCCCGUGGCGGUUGGUAGCAAUGGUCGGGGAGGGGCCUUUGCCGUAUAAUGACAUUUGGAUGAGGGUGGCGUGCAUCGCGGGGGAGGCGUUUGCCGUUUCGUUGUUGGCGUUAAGAUCCGAGGGGGCCAGUUUUGUAUCGGCGCCGUACGCGGCCACACCGACACACAAAUGACGUAAUCUUUUAGGAAAAUUGUCAUCAUUAUAUUCAUAGCCGUAGAAAACGAAUACAAAAAUCGAACAUAGUUACCGCAUCGCGGGCUAGGUGAAAAUGGUCACCGAAACCGGACAAGUAAGCCAUUUUAGUUUUAAUAUUAAUAUUUGCAACAUAUUAUAUUAUAUUGUUUUGUUUCGUACGAACAAAGUGAACUUGUAUACACACACACACACACACACACACACACACACAUACAUAUAUACAAAUGAAAACGCACACCUAUUUCGGUGUAAAAUCAAUACGCUCUAGUAUGGAGCUCACACCUCACAUAAUAUUAUGAAUCUGAGAAUGAAAUCGGAACUUUUGUUUACGGUUAUAUUUAGAACGAAUCGUUACAAUUUAUACUUCGCAUAUACGUUUAAAAUAACCAAUAAAGUCAUGUCAUUUGAUAUUGCUUACUGAUAUAAAUGAAUUUGUUUUUUUAAAGUAUUUCAGAAUGGCUUAGUCAAAUAAUAUAAUGUUAAUUUGUUUUUAAACUACAUAACUUAGAUAGAUAUAGGUAAUGUCUUAUAUAUAAAAUUGACAUUCUGUCUAUAUGUCUGUCUGUAUGGUAUAGAAAUAUAGGAACAAUAAUAUUCUGAUCUUGAUGAAACGUCGCACACUUGACAUUUAAAACAAGAGAAAGAUCUACUUUGCAUCUCGGAAUUAAACCCCUAAAGGGUUACUGAUAUAGGGAUUUUGGUAUUAUAGAAACGGAAAUUUAAAAUUUUGUUGUUGAUUUCUGGGUCAUCGUGACACGGAUAAAAAAAUACAGUAAUUAUUAUUUAGUUUAGUUGCCACAGAAAAAGAAAUAUUCUUUUUAAAAGAUUAAUUGUCGGGCACCGACGACUAAGUGUGAUAUAAGAAGUUUAAUUAAAGGGAUAGAAAAAAUCCUGUUUUUGAAUAGGUCGAGCCCGAGAAUUCCGGGUAAUUUAGUUUUAAAAAUAAAAUAUAGUUCGAUACAAAAAAAAUAAAAAUAUAAUAUUAAAAAACCAUUUUAUCUACAGAUUAUAUAACGUAGGUAACUACUUUGUUGCUGUUUCUAGACUACAGAUUUAAUGAGUCGAAUAUUAAAUCAAUUAGUUUUGAAAACACUGUUGAUAUACUUCUUUGUUAGUAGGUAACUAUAUUAACAAUGGUACUUAUUGCCACUCGUAUUAAUAAUAAAAAAAAAAAAAAGCGUUUAAUAUACUCCUUGAAUAUUUCUGGAGAUAAUAAAGAUAGUUAAAUUAUGUUUUUUUUUUUUUUAUAUUGCUUACAGGAACGAGGAGUACAGAUAUGUAUACAUGAAUUAAUUUUUUCUUUUUAGUUAAAAAAAACUUUUUAUUUUAUUAUUUUAGGAAAAUUUUAAGAUAACUAUUCAAUAUAGUUCAUUUUUCUGAACAUUUUAAUGUAUCACAUAUUUAUAUCCGAUGAACAGUUUUUAAGUAACAGCCGUUUUUAAUUUUAAUAUCCCAUUUAAAAAUUGAUGUUAUCUAGAGAACAACCAAAUUGUAUUAUGCAAAAAUAUCGGUUUUCACACGAAUUAUUUAUUUUUAAAAAUUUUUUAAUUAAAAAGAAAAAAUUAAUUCAUGUAUGAAUAUUUGUACUUCUCAUUCCUGUGAGUAAUAUAAAACAAAAAACAUAAUUUGAUUAUCUUUAUUAUCUCCGGAGAUAUUCAAGGGGCAUAUCUUUGUGGGACCGCUUGUAUAAUAAGUACAAAUUAAAUUAAAUAUAAUUCGUCUUCUUCUUCUCCUUUGUUACAUCCCAGCUAUUUGGAAUUGGCUACCUUCAUUCUAAACUUUCACUUGAUUCGAUUCCCUACUUCGUAUACACUGGAUAUUUUUUAGUGUCCAAAUCCAACCACCUUCUUUCGGACUUUUUCUUUCUCUCUUUCCUAUUACGAUUAUUUUCAUUACCAUUCUUACUGAUAUUUAUUCCUUCUUCUUUAUGAAAUUUAUAAACCAUCUAUUUUAUUUUAUUUCCCUACAAUCGAAACCACGCCUUGUCACCUCUUGUGUACUCGUUCUUAUAAUUCUAUCUUCUCUCAUCACCCCACUCAUCUGCUUAAAAAUUUUCAUCUCUGAUACAUUCAUUAUCUAUUUUUUUUUCUGUCUACCAUCCAACAUUUAAAACCAUUCAACAUUCUUGGUCUCGCCGCACUCUUUUAUAGAACUUACUCCUAAGUCUUAUUGAAAUUAUCUUGUCACAUAACACAUCUGAUGCUUCUCUCCACUUUAUUCAAUCACACUUUAUUCUAGAUUAUAUAUCCUCUUCCUUUUAGGUUCUUGCAUACAUUCGACAUAGAGUAAUUCGUUUAAGUCUUGUUCAGAAAUCUUUAAACUAUUUGAUACAAUUUUUACACCGGCUGAUGAACCUGAUGCAGCCCCAUUUUUCAUCUCUUAUAACAGAGGUUCCAUGGGAGUAAUUUGAUCCAUUCUCAAAGAGAUAAAUUAAAUAUAAUUUAUUGUUAUACCUAAUUAUAUUAAAAUAAAAUGUGUUAUUAAUGAAUUAUUCUAUUUACAACAUGAAUAAUAGUUUUAUAAUGAAAUGUAAAAUUUUUUAGACGGAGGGAAAUACCUCCUCAUUCUUAAGAGCUGCUCGAUCUGGGAAUCUUGAUAAAGUGAUUGAACACUUAAAGAACAAAAUCGAUAUAAAUACAUCAAACUCUGUAAGUAUUUAAAUUUAUAAACGUAAAAUAAGUAUUUACUUAGUUAAAUUACGAGCAUAUCUGGAUUCUGGGAUUAUAUAUGAUACAUUAAAUAAAAUAAAUGAUUUCUAGAAUGGCUUAAAUGCUUUGCAUUUGGCUGCAAAAGAUGGGCACUUGGAUAUCGUGAAGGAGUUAUUAAAAAGAGGAGCUAACGUAAACUCGGCGACAAAAAAAGGGAACACUGCUCUUCAUAUUUCUUCUCUAGGUAUACAACAAAUAUUUUUAAUUUUAUUUUUAAUAAUAAUGAAAAUAAAACGUGUGUUUUAGCGGGGCAACAUGAUGUGGUGGUUACCCUUGUGGAACAUGGUGCGUUAGUCAACGUGCAAAGUCAAAAUGGUUUUACUCCUUUGUACAUGGCUGCGCAAGAAAAUCACGAUAGAGUUGUCAAGUAUCUACUCGCAAAUGGAGCCAAUCAAAAUUUGGCGACCGAAGUAUGAUAAAUUAAUAAAACAACUAAUGAAGAAUCAAAUAAAUUUAAAACUAAUUUGUUUUCUUAAAUUUUAGGAUGGGUUUACACCAUGCGCUGUCGCAAUGCAGCAAGGUCACGAAAAAGUAGUAACUGUGCUAUUAGAGAAUGAUACCAAGGGUAAAGUGCGCCUUCCUGCAUUGCAUAUUGCAGCAAAAAAAGACGACUGCAAAGCUGCAGAUUUACUUCUUCAAGUAUACAUUAUUUAUACAAACCGAUAAAUUGAUUCAAUUAAUAAAAUAAAUUUAUAUAAUUUUUCAGAACGAUCACAAUCCAGACGUAACAUCUAAGAGUGGAUUUACUCCAUUGCAUAUUGCUUCUCAUUAUGGAAACGAUGGUAUCGCUAAACUUCUCCUUGCUAAAGGCGCUGAUGUUAACUAUUCCGCUAAAGUAUGAUUGAAAGUGAUAUACUAUUAUACCAAAUAUAAAAAUAAAUAACCAUUUUAUCUUCCAACAGCAUAAUAUAACUCCUUUACACGUGGCAGCGAAGUGGGGAAAAAGUAAUAUGGUAUCAUUGUUGCUUGAAAGUGGGGCAAAUAUUGAAGCCAAAACUAGAGAUGGUUUAACGGCUUUACACUGUGCUGCAAGAUCUGGACACGAUCAAGUUAUAGAUAUGCUUUUACAAAGAAACGCUCCAAUAAGUUCAAAGACUAAGGUUCGGAUGAAUUAUAAAAUAUUACGGUGUUUUUAUUUUAAAUCACAUUAUUCGAAUUUUAAGAAAAAUCCAAUUUAAUUGAAGCGAAAAAGAAAGUUUAUAGGUACUUUGUGAUUAUUUUUUAGAACGGUUUGGCAGCAUUACACAUGGCGGCUCAAGGAGAUCAUGUAGAAGCGGCUAAAGUAUUAUUGUCUAAUAAUGCUCCAGUAGAUGACGUGACUGUUGAUUAUUUGACCGGUCUUCACGUGGCUGCUCACUGUGGACAUAUCCGAGUAGCUAAACUGUUAUUGGAAAAACACGCGGAUCCCGAUGCGCGAGCUUUGAACGGUUUUACACCGUUGCACAUCGCUUGCAAGAAGAACCGCAUUAAAGUCGUGGAAUUGCUUCUCAAGUACAACGCAAGUUUAGAAGCGACUACAGAAGUAAAUAAUAUAAUUUUGAACUAUGUAGAUUCGUUAAAACGACAAAUGAAUAUUAUAUUUCCUUGUUUACAGUCCGGCCUUACUCCGUUGCACGUUGCUAGUUUCAUGGGUUGCAUGAACAUUGUAAUAUUCUUGUUACAACACGAAGCCAAUCCAGAUUUACCGACAGUGCGAGGAGAAACACCGUUGCAUCUUGCCGCCAGAGCCAAUCAAACGGAUAUUAUAAGAAUAUUGCUCCGUAACGGAGCUCAAGUGGACGCUAGGGCUAGAGUGCGUAUAAAUAUUUAGUGGAUAGAAAUGUUUUUUGAGAAAAAAAAAAAAUAAAAAUUUGUUUGUGUAGGAAAAACAAACACCGCUUCAUAUAGCUUCCAGAUUGGGUAACGUAGACAUCGUUAUGUUGUUGUUGGCUCACGGCGCAGCAGUCGAUUCAACUACAAAAGAUUUAUACACAGCUUUACAUAUUGCCUCAAAAGAAGGCCAGGAGGAGGUAAGAGCACUGAUUAUGAAACGCAUUAUGGAUCACGUGGACACAACAUAUUUGCUUGAUAAGUUUUGGUCUGUUAGAAGAGAAUACUUUAUAUAGAACGAUUAAAUACUGUGAGUCUCUCCUUUUCCUUACAUUAUCAUAUUUUGUACGCGAGUUCAACUUAUGUUACUAUCCUUGUUCAGACGUUCCUGAAUUGAAUAAUAAAAAAAAAAAAAAUGAAAAUUAUUUGAUAAAAUCUUUUAUCGUCAUCAGAUAAAUAUGUCAUCUUCUUACAUAUUUUUGACAAAUUAAUUAGAUAUUUAAACAUACCUACAGUCAUCUUAUUAAUUGAUAAUUAUAUCUAUUAAACGAUUUCUUUUCGAGUUAUUUGAGUCUGAUUUUGUUAUUCGAGUUGAAAACGUAUCUACAACAAAUGUAUUAAUUAUUAAUAAUAAAUAUACUUAUUAUUUAUAAACUCAAAAAUAAUUACGUAGGUAAUAAAUACAAAUUAAAAUGUUGAUGCCAAUAAUGAUUUGUUUCAAUUAUUAAAUUUCAAUUUUUUAAAUUUCUGUAGUUCAAAAAUAUUAAUUAAAUUUUCCAAAAAUAUAAUUAAUUUAUUGAAUUCACUGCCAUAUUAGUUUUAUCAUAUUGUGUUCAUAUUCUUCAUCAGUUCAAUUAAUUAAUAAUCUAAAUUAUUGUUGAACACAUAUGAUUUAAUAACCAAUAUAAUAGAGGGAAAUGUAAUUAUUGUGCCAAAUUGGAUAAUAAUUUUCUUUAAAUUUAAUAUAUAUAUAUAAUUUAAUGAAAUAGUUACCUAUUCCUUUUUUUUCAUAUAUAUUUUCCAGCCUAGUCUAUUAUAAUCUUCCUCUAUAUAAAAUAUUGUCUUGACAUUCAAUACAUUUAUUUUCAAAAUACAAUUUUUAUGUAUAGUGAAAUAUUUGAUGAAAUAUUUUGAUUUUGAUUACAGUAUAUACAAGAGUUUAGUUGUUAACAUCUACUAUAAUAAUUCAUAUUUCCGAAUUACAACUUAUUAACUAAACUAAAUAAUUGGCCAACUAUUUAUGGAUCCAAAAUCAAAAUAUUUCCUCUUAAAUAUUGUUUAUUAAUAAUUAAACUAUAUAAUACGAUUAUAUUAAUAUAUAGCAAAUUUUAACGUUUGAAAUAUUAUUGUUAUACGGUUUAAUUAUUAAUUAUUAUUAAUGUGAAUGUUAUAAAUUAGAAAAUAUAAUAGUUUUUAAAAUAUUAUAACCUUGAAAAGUUGUCAUAUUAGAUGAUGAUAAUUUUAUUAUUAUAUAUUAUAAUAUAGUGCUGUUAGUUUUUUUUUAAGUUUCAUAAAAUUUUAUUCGACAUAAAUGUUAUAUUCGUAUUAUAGCAUUAUUUUGAUCUCUUAAUCGUUGUUACAAUUCAAAAGACAUCUUUUUAUAAUAGUUUAAUCACCGUUAAAACCAAAUCUAGAAUAUGGAUGUGAAUAUUUUAUGCUUAAUCAUUGUCAUUGUUGUUUUCUUAAAUUAAAAAAAAAAAAAAAUUAAAACAUUUAUAAAAACGUUUUUUUCGCUUUGCAUAUCAUUUUUUUUUAUUUAUUUUUUUGUUAAGCCACCGCCAAUUAAAUCUACUUUUCCAUUUUAAAUUUCUUUUAUCUUCAAAAAUCAAGCAAGUUACUCGGUAAUUGGUUAAAUCGAUAUUUAUUGAUUAGGUAAGUCCUAAAAUUUAGUUAUUCAUACAGUUAUUAUUUUCCAUCUUCCCAACCAUAUCUAAAUUUGGCUAUAUAUCAUUAUAGCCUAACUCUUAACGCAAUAAUAAGUUAUUGUGUAAUAUCGAUUUAAUUGCUGUAAAUUAUUACGGGCACAGGCUUAGCUUCACAACACUGAUGCAAUGUAAAACAUAAUAUUUUAAAAGCUUAAAUUGAUUUAAUUAUUAGAACAAAUAUUUAACUGCAUUAACUACAUUUUUACAAGCUUUAACUUUGUAAAGUAUUUUGAACACGGGUCACGGAUUAAUAAGUUAAUAAUGUGAAACAUUCAAACACUGGACUUUUUUUUGUUGGCAGGUUGCAUCAGUGUUGUUGGAGAAUGAAGCCUCGGUGACAGCAGCUACUAAAAAAGGGUUUACCCCACUACAUUUGGCAUCAAAGUACGGCAAUAUUAAAGUCACCAAAUUACUGCUGCAAAAACACGCACCGGUCGAUGCACAAGGAAAGGUAAGUAAUAAAUUGAUUAACUUUAUUUACGAGAACUCAAAAAUUUUUAAUUUCUCAAAGCAUGAUAAAUUUAUUGGAUUUUAUACUUUGAUGGGUGGGUUUUUAUAAUAAUAAUAAUUUACAUGAACCCAUUUCAUUAAAUUAUUAUUUUACAAUAAAAAUUGCAUUUUUGAAUAUUUACAUAAAAUUAUCGAAUUCCUAUAUCAGGGGUCACCAAUAGCAGCCUGCGGGCCACAUACGGCACGUGGACGAAUUUUAUACUGCUUGUAGACAAGUAGAAAAAAAACGAAAAUAUAAUAAGAUAUUUUAGUAUCGUACAUUUUUAUUUUUGAGCAAGAUUUAUCAUUUAUCCCACUAAACAAUUCUAUUUGUAAUACAUUUAGGUAUAAUUACAUUUUUUUCAUUUUUACGUAGUUUUGAAUAUUUAUAACAUUAACUAUGUUCUUAAUAUUAAUAAAUAAUAGCAAAUAAUUAUUUAUUAUAAUAAAUAAAUAACAAAAUAUUUUGUUCUCAUUACUUUAAAUUGUAUCACAAUACAUGUUAAAAAUAUGUUUUUUUAAUUUUGAUGUUCCGCAAAAAAUUUCCAGAUUCUUAAUGUGGCUUUAUAAAUAUUAAUUGGUGUCCCCUGACCUAUGUAUCCAUAUUUUGUGAUUAUAAUAAUUACUUUUUUUUCGUAUAUUUAAUAUAGAAUAUGUAUAUGUAAUAUUAUGUAUCCUAUAUGAAUAUUGUGUGUUUACUGUUUCAUAUGGUAGAAUAUUACGUGAGUAGUAUAAUACCAAAUUAAAAGAAUGAAUUGUUUAACAGUAAAUUAAUCAAUUCGUAUUUUUAUUAUUGAUAGACAAGUUAAAGUAACUACUUAUUGGAUAGAUUGACAUAAUAUAUAUGUAUAUAUCAAACUAUUCUUCAUUGAUGUAAUAUACACAAAUUAUAAUGCAAAUAAAAAAUACAUUCUAGUUACGAUAAAGUCAAAACUUUUGGAUAUCACCUAAUUUUUGUUGUUAAUUUAUAUAAUAUUGCAUUUCUAUUAAACUAUUUAUUUAUUUAUUGGAGUCUCAUUAAAAUUCACAAAUUAAUUAUUUUUGGUCAGUAACAAUAGGUAUACUUACAAAAUUAUUAAUAAAGUAAUGUUUAAUAUUUUUGAUUUUUGUAAAAGUUCACAUUUAAGUAUAAAAUAUGAUGUAAAAAAUGUUUGUAUCGUCUAAGGUACUUUAGGUAUCUAUUUACAUAAAACGUUUAGGAAUAAGUUUAAAUGAAGUACCUAUAUUAGUUAAGGCCUGAUGAAUUAAUAAAAACUUAUUGAUUAGUUUUAAUCCUAGUUAGAUAUUGAGAUUUUUUAUUUUUUCAAUACAAUUGUAAUUUAAUUAUUAUCAAUUUUUAUAUAGUUGCUUAUAUGUAUUAUAUAUUAACGUAACCAAAAAUUACCUAUAACUUAUAAUUACCUAUUAUUAACUAUAACUAAAACCUAUAAUUACCUAUACCUAGUAACUUAUAGGCUGUAUUUGGAACGUUAACUAAAAUAGUGAAUGCGUUCAGUAUUGCCAGAAAAUUCUUAGUUAUAAAAAAUUAUUAUUUUAGACUUUAUCUUCUAAGACUGUGUUCCGGAGAGUUAAGAAAAUAAAUGCUUAAUAAUUUAUAUUACAUAAUAUUAUUUUUAUAUGUUAUUACAAUUGUUAUUUUAAAAUUUUGAAACGGAGUUUUCGUGGGGGGAGGGAAUACAAAGAUCAAAUAUAAAGAAAUAAAUUACAUUACGCUCACAACACUUGUUCACACUGCGUACAUUUUAUUGUUAUUUCGUUUACAUCCUUUAUUAUCUUUUAUGGUUCAGAAAAACACUGCUAAAAUCGUUGAGGCUCUUGUAUUAUCCCCAUUUAGGUGUUCCUCGUCUUGACUACACUGUUAAAAAAUGCCUGUAUUAUCGUUGCCAGUCCAUAUUAUCUUAAUUCGUAAUUGUAAUCUAAUAUUAUUAGAUAUAAUUGAUAAUAUUAUUAUGUCUUUUUUUUUCAUCAAAUGAACGUUAAAUGAACAAAAAAAAGUCGUUCACGUUCGUGUAAUAAUUGAAUGUGUUCAUGGCUCGAUCGCGUAAAAUUGAAUGCGUUCUUUCCGGCUAUAAGCAAUAGGUUAACCUAUAAGGGAAGUUUAAAUUAAACAAUGCCAUGGGUUGAUUUCCUCCAGCUUUUUGCCUCACUAUCUCGUAUGGUUUUAAUUUCCAUCGUGUACACAUAUAAAGACGGUUGAUUGAUUGAUUACGAUGUACCUAACACAAAUGUACAGUUCAACAGUGCUAGUAGUAAAAAAUAGCUUCCAUUAUCUACGACAGUGGUAGCGUACUUUUAAUAUGAAGCACCUCUAACAAACCUAUACUUAUUAUUGAAUAUGUCUGCCGCAUACGUUGAAAAACGACUAAAUUACGGCUCUAAGUUUCAAACGAAAAAAAGGUCUCGUGGUGAAUAGUUGGCGGUGAAAUGAACGGCGACGACACGUUUAUGGCGAAAUGAACUAGACCCCAGGAAAACCCACAAACGGAUUUCCUUAAAAUCUUUGUAGAUCAGACGCGUAGUCAAGAAUUUCCAAAGAGGGGUGUUAUGAAGAGAUGCAAAAUCUUUUUCAUUAUCACUAUUUAUUACUUAUAAACACUUAAGAGGACGUACUCCGACAUAGCAAAUUAACGUUCAGCAAGGACUUCUUUUUGGGAAUUCCUGGCUACGCACCUGAUCUACGAAGAUUUUAAGUAAAUCCGAUUGUGGAUUUUUCAGUCAUUAAUGAAUAAUUUUUUUUUUAAAUUACAUACCUAUACAAAUACAUAUUGACUUUUGGUUAUUUUAAAUAAAAACCAAAGCAAACUAUGCUUUAAAACUCAAAUUUAGAAAUUGAACAUUUUUUUAGAAAUUUCAAUACGUGUAUCACCAAGAGAUCCGAGGAGUUAGGAAAUGUUAUCUAAACAUGAAUCUGAAAUUUAUUAUAAAUUAUAAACUUAAAUUAAGUAACUUAUAAAAUUAUUUGUUAUAAUUUGAGUACUUAAACUACUAAAAUGCAAAUUAUUUGAUAAUAAAAUAUUAUUUUUGAUCAACUUAUACAGAUUUAAAAGUUUAUCAAUAAUAUUAUUAUCGGCUGUUGAAAGGGUAAAUUAAAUAUGCAUAAGUUGUACACAGAUUAUACAUUAUAGUCUUUAUAUUUACCUACUUAAAAAAAUGAAAAUGGAAAAAAUUGUGUUUAAUAGUAUGAAACGUUUAAAUUAUUAAUAAUCUUUAAAUUUAUUACAAAAAUAGCUUUCUAAAAACUACAAUGAAUUUGUACCAGAUGAUUCAUUUAAGUGGAUACACUCAUUAUCUUGGAAAGUAUUAAUUUUUUUUGGAAUUUGUUUUAUAGAAUAUUCAAGAAACAAACAGAUCUACAAUUUUAUAUUUAUGUUAUUUUUUGUGAUAUUCCACUUUUAAGUUUAGAUUGAAAAAAAGUAGUGGUACAUUAUUAACACGACACUCGUCGUACCACCACACAGAUACUCCACUACUCUCCUAUAACCCAAAAUUAAAAAUGGAAUAUCUCAUCAACGGAUCGAUGAAAAUAAAAAAUGUCAACACUAAAAUUUAUUUUAACUGAUACUCAAUCUAUUUAUGGACUUUUUAACAUAGGUAUCCAUUUGAAAAUCAAAAGUAGGUAGUGGUUUUACCCCCAAAACUAAGGGCAAAAAAAAAAAUAUAAAUAUAAAAUUCUAGAGCUUCUUGUUUUGUAAAUGUUCUAGAAAAAAAAUUCCGAAAAAAGUUAAUACUUUCCGAGAUAAUGAGUGUACCCAUUUAAAUGGAUCACCUGGUAUAUCGUUAAAAUAAAAAAUCAAAUUAAUGAAAUAUAAUAUUACGUAAACAGUAACAUUUAUUGUACUACUUCUCACUUAUAGAACGGUGUAACGCCAUUACAUGUAGCGAGCCACUAUGAUAAUCAAGCUGUUGCAUUAAUGUUGCUUGAUAAACAAGCUUCGCCUCAUGCCACAGCAAAGAAUGGCCAUACACCUCUUCAUAUAGCAGCAAAAAAGAAUCAGGUAAAUUGUCUACAUACCUAACAUAAAUAAAAUACAUUAGGUAUAUUCAUCGCGCUUAAUCAACAUUAUUUAAAGUAAGCUAUUGACUAAUGGCGUAUUUUGAAAUUGUAUAACAAAAUUGGCGAGUGUAGUAGACAAUUUUAACAAUUUUAACGUGUUUAUAAAUUGUUUCAAAUAGUGAAUAUUGGGUUAUGUGGCUUGGUGGUCAUUCACGAAUCAUAUAAAUUAUAAAAAAAGAAAAAAUAAUUUGUGUUUUUAAAGGCAAAAAUUUUAAUUUUGUUCGAGCUUUUAUUUAACUUCACUUGUCACCUGGUGUUUGUGUGUCUGAUUGUUUUUUUUAUUGUUUACCCACGGAUUUUUAAGUGUGUAACCCUUAAUUCUUUGGUCGCUUUGUGUUUUUUUUUUUUUUUUUGAAAAUCCAUUAAUUAAUAUAAAUAUAAAAUAAUAUAAACCAAGAAUCAAAAUGACACAUAUUUUGUAUUAAUAUAUAGUUUUUAAUCUACAAAUUACUAAAACUCAGAUAGCCACCUAAUUGGUAAAAACAAAAUACCAUUAGCUAUAUUUAAUGUAGUAUUGGGCAUUAAAAUAUGACAAAUGUAAAAAAAUAGCUUUUAUUUUAAAUAUUAAUUAAUUAUUUUAGAUGGAUAUAGCGGUUACGUUACUAGAUUAUGGAGCAAACGCAAACGCAGAGUCCAAAGCAGGUUUUACUCCUCUUCAUCUUAGUUCUCAAGAAGGUAAUGUGGAGAUGACAACAUUACUCUUGAACCACAACGCUGAUCCUAAUUAUAAAUCAAAGGUAGUAACUUAUAAUAUUAUACUGUUGUUGAAUGAAUAUUUAAAAAGAAGUCAUUAUUUACUCUUUGCAAAUAUAUGUUAUAGAACGGUUUGACACCAAUGCAUCUCUGCGCACAAGAAGACAAACAUAAAGUAGCUGUGGUUUUGGAUAACUAUCACGCAGACAUUAAUCCGGAAACUAAAGUAAAUAAUAAUUAAACAAUAAAAAAAAAAAAACAUUAUGACAACAAUAUUCAGCUAUGUUAUUAUCUACAUAAUAAUACUAUAUAAAAUCAAUAUAGUUUUAUAUUAAGCGAAGGGGAACACUGAACAUAUUAUUUUUUAUAUUUGUUAGUUUUGCAAAUUUAUUAAUUUUUCGUUAUCUAUUAAAAUUACUAUUGAUUUGUUAAUUGAUGAGUACAUAACGUCAUAUACUUUUAUUAAAAUGUUAGACCGGAUUUACGCCUUUGCAUGUCGCUUGUCAUUUUGGUCAGUUAAAUAUGGUUCGAUUCAUAACUGCUCGUCAAGGAGUCAAUGUCAACGCGACCACAACUUCUGGAUACACUCCACUCCAUCAAGCAGCUCAGCAAGGUCAUUCAACUAUUGUAAGCCAUCUGUUAGAUAAAAAAGCUGAUCCAAAUAUAUUAACUAAUGUAAGUAAAUAAGUAAUUAUUAUUAUUAUUUAACUAUAAUUCAUAAUAAAAGAAUUGUGUAUUACAAAAUUUGACUUUUUUUUAAAAUAUAACAUCGAUGAUAAAUUGUCAAACAUUCGACAUUCAUGAUACAGUCCGUGUUAUAAUAAUGUUAUAGUAAAUGAAUUUAUAAUUAAUAGUAAUAGGGGUAUUUUUUCAUAAUAUUCUGACUAUGAAUUUUUUUUUUUUUUAAUUACCUAUAUGUAAUAUUAUAACAUUGUGAAUCGUAUUAUUUACAGCAAGGGCAAACGGCUCUGUCGAUUUCUCAAAAAUUGGGCUACAUAAGCGUAGUGGAAGCUUUAAAGAACGUUACAAAAGCUGCACCUUCGUCAACCUCCGAUGAAAAGUAUAAAGUCAUUUCUCCAGAAACAAUGCAAGAAACAUUCAUGUCAGAUUCUGAAGACGAAGGAGGUAAUGUGAAAAUAAAUAUUUACGUAUAUAUUUGUUUUAAAUAUUAAGUAAAUAUUAAAUUAUGUGAUUCAACGAAGAUUUUAACAGGUUAUGUGCAAUAUUGUGUUUAAUAAUAAUAAUAUAAUGAUAAAACAUUUAUACUUCACCGUAGAAAAGUACUGCAAGCAAUGUUAAAAAAAUGCUUUUAAUCUAAAAGAUAAAAAACUUUAGGUACUUAUAUUAUUUCAUGUGUUGUCGUGUAUAUUAUACUAAAUAGACUAAUAUUAACAUACACCUAAUAUUAUUAAAGAUUAACUGAUUAGGUUUAAUAAAAUUAGUAAAUCAAAUAAUUUAACAUAUUAAUAAAGAUAUCGAUAGUUAACAUGAUAACGCAAAACAAACGAAAAGCCAUUAAUAAGUGGUUUUAGGGAAAAGAGUAUGAGAUUUAUGGAGAUUAAUAUUUCGGAGAAAAUCUUUUCGGGUUUUGCAUUAUUAUAAAUAUAUAAAAUAUUAAAAGUACAGAAAACUGUUUAUUUAAAAUAAUACUGAUAAAUAAAUUUGCCUCCAAAAUAUUGUUGUCUAGAGUCUAUACAUGGGUAUUUUAACUCAUAGGUGUGCGCAGAAUAUUUUCACAAGGUGUGCCAUUAAGAAAAUGGGUCAUUAUUCUCUAAGCUACUCCCCCCCCCCUUAAAAAAAUAAGAUAGCGAAUGCAGAAUUUAAAUUAAUUAAAAAUUAUACUGUUUACUACAAAUGUAAAAUAUAGUUAUUUUACGAAAAUAUUAUUAUAUUAUUUUUCAACAUAUAGAAAAUCUAAAAAAAAUGACCCGAUUGUUUUUUAAUUAAUUAUUUCGUUACUAAAAUGUAUAAAAGUUAAUAUUGUAUUUAUUAUGGUAAACCUUAAAUCUAAGGCAUUGAUAAAUAAUAACAUAGUUAAUGGUUGCUAGUUGAUGGGUGUGUUUACGGUCUUAGAGGAUAUCUUCUAAGACAGUAAGUCUGUUUAUGUGUGGGGCUCGGUAAAUUCCAACACGAACUAUAACAGGUGAGCAGAUGAAUAUGUAAGUUCCGAUACGAAAAAAAAAUACCCGCACGUAACUUCCAAUACGAAAAAAAAAUACCUAUACAUGAAUUACUACACGCAUGGAAAUAAUAAUUUUUAUACGGACCAUUUAAAUUUUUUACCGGAUAAAUCAUUCAAAACAUAUACUCAAUUAUUAAAAAAAAAUGAAUACAGUUUGAGUAAUCCCAAAUAAAUUUGUGUUAGACUUUGAGUUAUCAAUGCACCAAGCAAUUUUACAGCUACUUUGCCAACAGCACAAAUAUGGCGAUGCGUUUCCACUUGGGUCAAGCUUGGUACCGUAAAAUUCAAAGCUUGGGUUAUACCCAAGAAUUUAAUAAUACAAAAGUGGCUGGUAUAUAUUAUAUUUGGUUUACCAUUUCUCAAUCCAAUAGAAGUUGGAGAUUGUUUUGUAGAUAUUAUACUCAUGACUAAAAAACCAGAAAAUAAUAAAAAAAGUAAAUUCAUUUUGCGAUUAUUUAGUGACUAAUUACAUAAAGGAUAAUAGUACGUCCCCCCCCUUAGUACUUGGGCUAGUGAUACUUCUGAUAUAAGUCUUACAAUGAAUGCAUGUGAAAGUUUUCACUACGAAUUCAACUCAAAUUGUUAUCAUCAUCAUCCUAAUAUAUUUAAAAUAAUCGAAGUUUUAGUUGUAGAUAUAUUAUAUUCGUGUCAGAACUUACAUACUGGUUUAUUAUUUGUAAAUGUAAUAAUUUACGUAUGCAUACCUAUGGGUGACUUUUAUCUGUGAUAUCUCGUGUAGGAACUUACAUUCGAUCUUAUACGUAGAGAUUAGGCCACCGUCGUUAUCAUUUUGUUGUUAUAAAACACAGUUUGUUAUUUGAAUAAUUAUAUUAUUACUUAUCAUAUAAUACUAUAUAAGUAUUUAUAUUACAUUGUAUUAUAUUAAAAUCUAUGGUACCUUGAGCUUGAAAGAAAUCACAUCAUUGUAAAACUAAUACAUUUCUCGCUUUACUUGUAGUUAAAAAUUGUCUCUUAAUUUCCGGGAAGUCAUGUUAUAGUAUACAAAUGAUUUAAAAAUGCACAUAAAACAUACAAAUUUGUAAACAGUAAAAAUUAUUUAAAAUUUUAAAACAAUGUAUAAUUAUUGAAUAAUAAAUAAUACUCAAUAAUUAAUAUAAAUAAAAUUUAAAAAAAUAUAUUAUUCAAGUUAUAUUUAAUAAAUAAUUAAUUAUAAUUAAACAUUUUAAUCAAUUUCUUAUUUUUUAUUGGAUUUUGGUAAAUCUAAUAAAUUUGUAGAUAUCCGUUUUGAAGGUAAUAAAGACAUAAAUAAAUAUCUCUAUUUGUCAUAAAUGGUAGAAUUAUUUUUUAAAUAAACAUUAUUUCAAAUUUUUAGCUGUUUACACAAUUUUUUUGGAUGCCUAUUUGAACUGAACUUGACAAACAUAUUCAAAAUGUUUCAACAUUUUAUUUAUAUUAAGUAUUAUUACAUUAGUUAUAAUCGCACUACACAAAUUGUUAUAAAAUUUGAAAUAAUUUACUAUGUGAAUUUAAAAUAAUUUGUACAACCAUAGACUCAUAUAUCUAGAUGAAACAUUUACCAUAAAAAACGUUCUGAUGGAUGAAGUUUCAUUUCGAGGACAAAAACACGUGAGAUAUAAUUGGCCAUCCUCGGAGUGUAAAUCUAAUUUUUCUUACACUAGACUUUGUGAGAUAGCCUAUUUCUCUUGAUCCGUUCAGACCAAUCAUGCCUCCCAGUCCUCGGGGUGAAUGUUCCGUCUAGAUAUAUAAAUCUAUGACUAUAACAUGAAAGUAAAAUAUGAAAAUACGAGUAUAAUUAUUCAGAUAACAAAUGUUGUUUUUGAUAACAACAAAAUGAUAACGUCGGUGGUUUGAUCCGAGGCUUAUAGAUACUAUAGAACCUAUCUAUAAACCUUGGGUUUAAUCGACUACUGAAAAAAAGCUGUAAAAACAGAUUGUUAGUAGUAGAUCAAAACAGCUGAUUUCUGGAUUAAAUUCUGUUGUAACAAAAUUAAUAUAUUAUUACUUAUGGGUGGGCAACCAUAUUAUCUUAAAUCGUGGUACAUACAGACCCCCAGUUGAUUUGAUUUAUCGGUUACUUAAUGACAAUUAGACAUGCUUGUUGAGGUGAGCAAAAUAAAGCCUAGAAUGAGUAAAUUUCGAUUUCAGCCUAUGGGCUACAAUGUGCACAUUUGGCACAUCCCGUGUGCACGACUAUUCUUGUUCUGUCUGGAUGUGUUUUUUACCAGUGAAAAUUACCGAUAUAAUGUCUUCUUAAAAAGAUUUUCUUUACUUUUCAAAACUAAAUUAAUUCAGCUACUUAUUUGAAUUAAUAACUGAGCAUGACCUGUUUUUUACUCAAAAACAUUCUUAACAAGGCUUUUUGAGUCUCUUACCAUGUAAAGUGGUUAGAUUUCGAUCGUUUUUUUUUUUUUGAAAGAUAGAUUCUUACAGAUUUUAAUUGUAUGUUCAAUACAUUGGACUUGAAUUUAAAAAAUUAUAUUUUCUAGCGGUAUAAUUAGGAUAUAAAUAUCACUAAUUUUAACAUUUUUUAACUUAUUUUUGUGGCUUAUGGUCAAAUAAAGCAAAAUUAAAAUCCAAUGAGCUUUGAAAGAAGUUAUCCCCUUCUUAAAAAAAAAAAAUCUAUAUAGUAUGUAUAAUUAUUAUUUGUAAUAAUUUUUGUUUUAUUCAAUAUGUUUUUAAAUAACUAGUGUGCGCUACAGUUAAUAUAUUACAAUUUUAUUUAUUUAGGUGGGGAAAUUAAAAUUAAAAAUAAACGGACAUACUUCGCACAAUGGGUGGACAACUGUUGUAGGUGAAAAGUUGGGAAGGUAGAAGAAAAAUAUAUUGAAUAUCUGUAUGUAACGAUUAAUCAUUGCUAACGAAAAACAAUUAUGAGUGAAGGUCGGUUGUACAUGUAUUAAAAGGCCGUAAUAUUUACGAUUUAAAAAUCAUAUAUUUCGUAAAUUUAUACAUGUUUCCUACGUUUUUCCCAUUUAUUAUGAAAACCCCUAGAAAAAUCAAAAAUGUUCUCACUUCUGAAAUAGAUUUUUAGAAAAUUAUUGGUGUUUGAAAUUUUUGUUUUGGUAUGGUUUUUUAUUUUCUAUAAUUUUUUGAAGUUUUUAAAAAUGUUUAUAUUAUUGUGGUUGAUAAUCUAUAUUGUUAUAUUUAUAUUUAUUUUUUAGUUAAAGCACAUUAACACAUCAAAUGACAAGUGUUUUCUUGUCCACCAGUUAAUAUAAUACAAUAAUACUACUGACUAUUGUUGAAUAAUAAAAUAUUAAUAAUAUUACUAAUAAGUAUUAUUAUAAUCGAUUAUAAACAAUAAUAAUAUACACAUUUGCCAAAAUUUCAAAAAAAUAAAACACGAUACAAAAACAAAAAUUUCAACCACCAGCGAUUUUCUAAAAAUCUAUUUUACAAACAAACUAUUUUAAAUUUUUUUAAAACAAAUUAUAGUAAAAUUUAAAAUUUUUUUAUAUUAAAUUCCCUCUUCUAAAAAAAAUAGAAUUGUGUUACUUUAACUGUAACACAGAGACAUACUAAUUAUUUAGAAAAAUAUUUAAUGCAACAAAAAUUAUUUCAUGUGUUAAAUCAUCGUAGGACAUCCUGAGUAUAUAAAUUGGACGUUUUUACAAAGUAGAAAAGUUAACCCUGUAAACAAUGAGCAAAUUUUUGAGCAAAAAAAAAAAAAAAAAUUAGGUCAUAUGCAGAUUCCUUGAUAAACAAUUUAUAACUGAUUGAAUUAUUUUAUUAAGAAUAUUGUUAAGAUUUUUUUAGUUGUAAAUUUUAACAAAUUCUUAUUAGCACUUGUUAACAGUUUGUAAAAAAUAAUUAGUAGGACCCUAAAUAAAAAUAUCCUAUAAUAAUAAGGAUGCUCAAUUAUGAAUAAUAAAUUUAAAAAAAAUUAUCAAAAGCCUAUCAAAACUAAAAUUAACGAUUUGAAUUUUUAACUAAAAAAUAAUGAUAAAUAUAUUUAGUAUAUUAUACAUCGCGGUCUCGUUUUCAGGUAACAUUAAUUAUAGGAAUUCUAAAAUAUACACAUACAUUUAAAUUUUUCAACUCUUUCGUUUGUACCUAUAAUAUAAAAUACUAUUUUUGGCACUAGAUUUAAUUAGUCUUUUUUUCCAAGUAACUUUGAUGAAUAUUAUACAUUACCAGAGAUACAAUUGUCUAACAUUGGUGAAAACAUAUGUUUUGGAUUCUAAGGAAUGUGUUGGUUAUUAUUUUAUUAUAAAUAAUAUUUAUUUAUUUUAACUGUAAACCACUUUCCUAACAGAAAUCUUGCUCCGAUUUUCAAGUAUAGCUCAUUUUCUGAAAGGAAAUUUUAUGUAUUUGAUACUUUACUUUAGGAGUGUCUUAUUUUGAAUUUCCGAGAGGUUUUCAUAAUAAUUGGAAAAACCGAGGAAAAAUGGGUAUGUACGAAAUUAAUUAUUUUAAAUUUUGUUUUUUGUUGUAAUUAAGUUGAAAAUAUUUAUAGAGACUUGAAAUUUAGACAGAAAAUUUAUAUUUGCCUUUCGUAGACGUGAUUAAAUUUUCGAAAUAUUUCAGCCAUUUUUGAGCUAUUUAUAGACAUUUUAAUUUUACGAGUUCUUAAGUAAUUUUUAUUCGGUAGGUACUUCGUGAAUUAAAUUGUUAGACUCAACAAAACUGCUUUAAAAUUUAACAAGAAGUUAAAAAGUUCAUUAUAAGUCACACUUUGUGGUGAAAAAAGUGUAAAGUAGAAUAUUUUUUUAUAAGAGUUUUAAUAUCAAAUUUAGAUAAAAAUCAAAACAUUUAUAAUAGAACUCUACUCAGAAUAUUUUUUUGUUAGCAAAGAUUAAUCGUUGCAAACAGAAAUACAUUAAAUUCCCCUCUAUACCAUAUCUUUCCAACGUCUCACCUACAACAGUGGUCCACACAUCGUGCGAAGUAUAUCUAUCUUCUUUUUAUCGUUUUUUAAAAUAAUUCAAAACAUAUUAUUAUUAUACAUAUGGAUUAUCUACGUAUAUGUUAUUUUAUGACUAUCUUUACAAACAAUAUUUUUCUCAUAAAAAAGUAGUCUAAUUGCCAUACUUUUAAAUUUAUGAAUAUUAAAUUGUUUGGAAAAUCGAUAAAAAAAAAUUAUAUUUUUUAAUGAAGUAUAGAUGGCUUUUUGAGAUAAAAAAAAUUGUAUUGAUCAGCGUAUUUGAAAAAAAUACGACUAAUCAAUUAAUCUAGUUUCAAAAAUAGGUAUUUCUAUUUAAAAAAGAAAUUUGUAUUGCAUAGGCUCAUAUAAAAAUAAGGGUUAAAUAUUUCAAUAUUUUAUUACUCCCCAUCAUGUUCUGAAAACGGAAUUUAAAUCCAAGGUCAUAAAGCCAAAAUAUUUAGUUUAGCCUGGAAACAAGAACACACUGUAUAUUAUAAAUAAAGUAAGGUAUCAAAAAUAAAUUAAAUUAAGUCUUUUUACGAACACUGUUAAUAUUACGAUCAAGAAUAAUAAAAAAUAUUUUCAAAAUAAAAAAAACUAAAAUUGUUUAUAAUUUAGAACUAUUUUACUUAUAUAUACGUAAGAAAAAAAAUAUAAUUUGUUUAUAGACAUAAAUAAUACGGCUAAAUUAUUAUACACCAAUUUGAUAAAAGCUAUAGGUAUAUUAUAAAAACAAAGACAAGUUUUUUACUUUGAUUUGGUAUUAUAUUUUCAAUUUAUAAUACAUAAUGUAAAAAUACAGCACUGAUAAAAUAAUUAGAAAGUUUGCCCGCUUCCAUAUAGUGUUGCGCGAGCGUGGUUUUCUUAAUGAAAAUGCUUGUAGUAUGUGAUUGAGAUGAUGAUUGGCACACAGGUGACGUUUUGCAAAGCGGAAGCGUCGAGUACGGUCUCAACACUAGAGCUCAACUAACACAAAAUGUUACCAUUUCGUCACGUGAGUUUUGUAUAGUAGAAAAGCAAAAAAAAUUAACAAAAAAAAAAAAAAUUUGGACCUACGGUAAAUUAUUAUCGAUAAGUCUUAGUCAACAUAAUAUUAUAUUAUUAUGCAUGAAUAAUUAAUACCUAGCCAAGUUCAAAAUUCACGAUUGGCUGUCACCCAAUGGCCUAGAGACUGCUAUAUGGUCACGGUCCAUUCCAAAUAUAUUGAUCGCGUGAUGGGUCAUGUAGAAAACGAAAAUAUCGUUUAACGACCUAUAAUCCGGGCUAACACCCGAUGACGUUGAUAUAUAUUAUGAAUAGGACUUAGAUAUAUACCAUUAUUUUAGAUGAUACCGUCAGUGUGCUUCCAUCAUCAUCAAAGCUUAAUGUGGAAAAAAUAAAAAUCAACAACUUAUUAUGAUGAAAUCGUAUAUAUUGUAGAAUAACAACUAAUACAGUAACAAAGACGAAUCCAGCAUUUAUUUAUGGUCAGGGCAUUUACCAUAGGUGCAACUAGGGGGCUAGACUGUAAUUUUUCAUUCUUAUUUUUCGAAAUGUAUAGUUAUUGACACAAAAAUUAAGUGUUUUACUUCGAUUCUGUUUGCACUAAAGGAUUUAACGUAAAUUAUAAAUAGAUUUUUGGUCAUAUUAAAUUUAUUUUAGUAAUUGAACUAUGACUCGACAUAAAACAUAGUUAAUAUUACAUACCAAUAAAUAAUACAUAUAAAACAAGAUUAAAAGAUUUAUUUUUAUUUAUGGCUAUGGGAUCGAUAUUUGCUCUUAGUGUCUUUUCCCCUGGAUUCGCUCUUUACAGUAAUAUCAAAUGCAUGUAUGCUUAUUUGUUCGAUUUUACUUUAGAUUCUGUGUGUAGUUAUAGUUUUUUCUCUUUAGAAACUGCUUUUUAGUUACUUAUUUAAUAAAAAUGCUCCACAUUAUUCGCGUUGUGAUGUGGAUAUUUUUCAUCCGGUGAUAUCUUAUUUGAAAAAAAAGAAUCUAGAUUACCUAGAAUUUGUCUACACAGUUUAAAAAACUUACAUUAAAUAAAGAUGGUUCGGUUUUAUUUUAGUUGAUUUUUAAGUUACAUUAGCUACUACACAAAAAACACGAUUAAUAGUAGUUACGAUUACACUUUCACUCAGAAUCAUCUUUUAUUGUAAUUAUUUAUCAUUGGUUUCAGUGAACAAAUAUUAAAUUAACCUAUAUAUCCUAGUCCUUAUAAAUUUCUCACCCAUUAAAGUGGCCUACCUAUAGUACGAAGUACGUCCAGCUUUUUUAUAUUACCUUCUUAAUAAUAAUAAAACACUAAAAAAAAUGUUUCUCUUUUACAAAAUUAACGGACAAAAGGUCCGUCGUUGUCAUUAUUAUUGUGUAUCGAGUAUCGAGUGUCGACUGAGAUUUUAUAAUAAACUCAUAUAUACAUGUCGAUCGUUCCAGUUUUUCCGAAUAGCACUUGAACGAUGUCCGUUUAAAAUUAAAUAUGACCGGCCAUCUGGUCAGUUAAGUUAUACACCGCGCUGUUUGGCAUUUUGCCGCGAUGGUUUCGUCAUUGGCUUUCCUCAUUUCGGAUUUUUCGCGCUUUGGCUUCAACAGCGUCAUAAUAAUAAUGGAUCAACUUUAGAGCGGAAAAAAAUUGAUAAAAAUAACUUUUAAGUUUUAGUUGUCCGCCGUCCGCCCAUUCCGACGGUACCGUUAACUAGGUCGCUACAGUAUUCGUCUUUCUUUGUAAUUUCCAAAAUAAUACAAUUUAAAUAAUCAUAGCAUUAUAUAAAAUAACAUAACGAAACGAUACGUGACGUAGGUAUUAUUUGUUGCCAUUAUGUGUAAACGAAGGUUUUGCUGUUGUUGCUGUUUUAAAAAACAAAAAGAAGAAUAUCUUCCAGGUCAGAAAAAAAAUUUAUUUAUAAUGUUUGCAAAAAUACGAACGAUAAUUAUAAUUUUUACCCAACUAGGCGACUGUACCUACUCAAAAACAAAAUGUACAAUAAAACCUUUUCUAUUUAACUUUGUAAAAGAAAGUUAAAAUAUUAGCUGCUUGUCUUUAUAGUUUUGCACAGUAAAACGAUACUCUACAAUGUAAAAAUAAAUCAUAUAAAUUAUUACAUUAUUUGAAUAUAAUUUAAUUUCUAAAAAUCUAAGAUUUAGUAGAAAUAACAAAUAUAUAAAUAGAUUAUUUCAUAAAUAGAUUUUAGAAUUGUUCAACUGAUUAUUUAGAAAAAAGAUUUUACUAACUCGAAAUAAUUUUUAAUAAAACAAACCCUAUCAAAAAGCUCUAAAAUCGAAUGCGUACUGUUAUUAAAAUUAAAAUUCGAAAUUCAGACUGUAAUGUAGCUUCAAUGCAAUAAUUAUCAUGAAAUUUAAAACAAAUUUUCCAGUUACAUAACCUCAAAGGGCACUGAACAUCGACAUCACUUAUUUUUUUUUUAUAUGAUUUCUGUUCAGAUUUAUAGUAACAAUUAUUAAAAUUAUGAUUUACUUAUUUCGAAUUUCAAUAUAUUAUACUUCAUGCGUUUAUAAUAGUUAAAACAUAAAACAAAAUAGUACAAAUUUUAAGAAACCUCAUACAAUUUUUACGAUUUAUGUUUUCUACCGGGAAUAUCACUCCAACAGUAAAACUACAAUGAACCUUUUCGUUAAAUUUUUAAUCUAUUUGCUGAUCAAAAAAUCGUAUUCUGAUUUUCUUUAAAGUUUUCAAAUAAAUUAGCAAAACCAAAAAAAAAACGUAGAAAGAGCGGGAAAAUUUACGAAAAUAAUAGUUUUAUUGUGUUAAAUUUUGUUUAUUUUUUUUUGUUGUAAUUCAGUUAAAAAUAUUCGCAGAGAUUUGAAAUUUUGACAGAAAACUUAUAUUUGCUUUUUUUGGAUGUGAUAAAAAUGUUAAAAACAUUUAAGCUAGUUUUGAGCUAUUAAUAGAUUUUUAAAUUUACUAGUUUUAAGUAAUUUUUAUUUGGUAGGUACUCUGUGGUUACGGAUCAAAAUUGUUUGACCAAACAGAAAUGCUUGAUAAUUUAACAGGAGGUUUAUUAUAAGUUGUACUUUUUGGUUUAAAAAAAAAGGUUGAGUGUAAUGUAGCAUUUUAUAUUUUUUUUAUAAGAGUUUUAAUAUAAAAUUUUAACGAACAUCCUAAAUAUUAGAGCCUUUCAAAACGUAUGUACAACCGAACUUCGCUCAUCCGAAUCGUUUUUCGUUAGCAAUGUUUUAUCAUUGCUUAGAGAUAUAAAUUAAAUAACUUUAUGCACCCAACCUUCCCAACUUUCCAUCUACAACAGUGUAACAUCCAUCCCAUAUGUAUCAACUCUUUUAAUUUUAAUUACAACCGUAAGGACAUGUUUUAAAGACAAUUUAGGUACUUACCAAAUCAUUUUUUCGAGUACAAUUCAAUUCCAUUGUUUUCUCCUGAAAUAGUUUAAAAAUACAAUUCGAGCUGUUAUUAAUAUCAUUUAGAGUACUAUAAUUUUUUGGAAAUUAUUCAAAUUUUAUGUAUAAUAGUAUUAUGUUAACCUAUAUAGUAUGUAUGCUGUUAUUAGACUUAUAAGGUGUAACCGAAUAUAUCUAUUAAAUAAUACAUUAUGUCAAAUGAAGAACAAUUGGAAAUAAAAAACAAGUUAUUGCGUAUAUUAUAUAAUAUUUAGUCAAAGCAUGACGAAUACCUAUUUUAUUUUUAAAAGCAUGUACUUUUUUUGAAACCCAUAACACAUAUUUUUUAGUUUUAAAAGCAUAUUUUAUUAUUAUAGUUCUGUCGUAUUAUUUCGUUUAAUUUGUACAAUAUUUAAAAUUACUCGUAUUGAAAUAAAAUAAUGUUAUUAUUGAACAGGAGAAGAAACCAUGAUAAACGAACAAUCGUACAGGUAUUUGACCGGCGAGGAGAUGAAAGGUUUCGGUGACGACUCGGCUCCAAUAGACGUUACUAGGGACGAGAGAUGUGACGUGAAUACCGGUAAACGAGUUUAUAUUGCACUAUAAUAGUAUUUUGAAUACGAAAAUUGGUGGCAGUGUAUAUAGGAAAUAUAAUAUUAAUUUGAAAUACUUUUGUUUACGUCCACCAGUACCCCCUACGAUAAUCGACGACGCCAUCAGCCCGCAAACCGUUUACGAUAGUUACAGCGGACCCGUGGAUAAUAUUGACAUUAUUAAAUAUCCACCUCAUGUCGGGUAAGUACCUCGUAAUAUUAUAUUUUAGUAGUCGUCAUGACGAUUUUCUAUAUCACAAUAGGCGUGUUUUGGCGAUGCGGGUUUGAGCAGUCUAGGUACUAUACCUAAUAUAGUUUAGCGAACAAACUAUUUUAGUGAAUAACAAUAUUGUUUAGUGCAAUAAAUUGUUUGAUAACCCAAUGUAUUUUCGAGAACCCGGUUGCCGGAAUCCGCCAAUAAUAAAAACUACGUUUACCAUCUUCGGUUAUUGCUUAUCAAUCAUUGAUAGAAUACUAUACAGUGAUAUUAAAACGUAUUGACGAUAUUGCUAUCUAGUACCAAACUAUGCUGUCAACUAUUUUAUGAAAACUGCAUCGUGAAAACACGCCAAAUAUUAUCGGCUAACGAAAAUAACAUAACUUUUAUAUUGUCUAACAAAAUAUUGUUUAUUGUUUCAAUGCGUUUCUUCUGGACAGACGUUUGCAAUGGAAAACGUAAGGCUUUUUUUUAUGAGUACUAACCAUGUUUUUUUUUUUUUUUUUUGUAUAUAGAAUUUCCGAAUUCCGAUAUGUUUUAUAAGAACCUAUAUAGAUGUAAUAAUAGUGUAGCGGAACGUGUUAUUAUAAUAAAUAGUUGAAUAGAAUAAUGUAAUAAUGUUAUAGAUAAAUAGAUAAUGUACCGAACGUUAGAUUAAAAUAUCGACUUUGUUUGGUACUACGUAAUCCAUAGUUUUUCGAAAUAUAUCAGUACUAACCGAAAUCUAUAACGCGUCCGAUGGAAUUACAGAUUUUUGGUCAGUUUCUUGGUAGACGCUCGUGGUGGUGCGAUGCGCGGAUGCCGACACAGUGGCGUCCGCGUGAUAGUGCCUCCCCGACGAGCUUCAAUGCCCACCCGAGUGACUUGCCGAUAUUUAAGACGUGAAAAACUCAUACAUCCACCACCGCUGAUGGAAGGCGAAUCGCUAGCCAGCAGAAUACUCGAACUAGGUCCCGUGGGGGCGAAAUUUUUAGGGUAAAACGCGUUAUAUUUGUAAACGGCCAUAAUUCGACGUCGCGAGAUUUUGACUAUAUUCUUAUUUUUCCUUUAUUGUCUGUAGACCGGUCAUGAUCGAAGUACCGAAUUUCGGAUCACUCCGCGGGUGCGAAAGAGAAAUCGUCGUUCUCAGAUCAGAUAAUGGCGAGACGUGGAGGGAACAUACGGUUGAAGUGACCGACGAAGUCGUCAAGGACAUACUAGGAGCAAAUUUCGAUAAAGAAGGUAUGUCAUAUACCGAAUGUAAAGAAUUUUAUGUUACAAUAUUUUUAACACUUUUAAUAUAAUUUUCUUUUACACUAUUUGAUAAAAAUGUUUUAUUAUAUAUAAUUCUCUAUUUUAUAUAUUUAUAAGAGAAAAUUGCUGUAAUAUAAAAUUCUGUACACUCUUUAUAUCAUGAAAUUAUAAUUAUAGUUAAUAUAUCUAAACGAAAUGUCAUAAGCUUUUAUUAUAUUCCCGUUAGAUUCUAGUAUAUUGUGCAAUAUAAUGUUAUUCAAACGAGACAAAAAUACAAGACAAAUUCUGAUAAAUAGAUUUGAAUAAAAGUUUAAUGUAAAACACUUAACCUGUUAUGGUUUUUUUUUUUUUUUAAAUAAGUGAUUUAGGUAAUUAUUAAUGUCCGGCGACAUUGUUGACGGACAUAAUGUUUACGUUAAAUUGAUUUUGAAAAAAAUACUAUGGCCGGAAUCGUCAAGAGACAAUCCAGUCUAGGGUCUGGGUUUUUUUUUGUAGAGAAUGGCAUAGUUAAAGAAAACAAAACAAUAAUAAUUAAUACGUUUUGCAGACCGUGACCCAUGGCAUUCCGGUAACCGCCUGACCAGGAUCGUGACCACGGAGUUCCCCCACUAUUUUGCCAUCGUGUCGCGAGUCAAACAAGAAGUGCACGCGAUUGGGCCUGAGGGAGGCAUGGUUUCGUCGACAGUGGUGCCACAGGUGCAGGCGGUAUUCCCGCAGGGGGCGCUCACCAAGCGCAUUAAAGUCGGCCUACAGGUAAACUUGUUUAAACCGCGAAGAAAUGUGGCUAGCACGUGCCUAAAGAAAAUCUCCGUUAACCACGUGCCGAAAAAAAAAAGGUUUUCGUUGAUGUGGUAAAUACCUAGUUCACACACCUGACGUUUGCAUAAUGGUGGUGGUCGAUGUUUGUUGGUGGUGUCUAUUACUUUUGAAAGAUUAACAUUUACCUAUCUGAAAAGACAAUAAGAAAUCGAUUGAAAAAAAAAAACGCUAAUACCUACUCAAUAAUUUUUUUUACCCAACGCUUCCAACACACUCACACAUUGCGCAUAACAAACAAACAAUAUUGAGUAAUAUUAUAUUUAUUUUAAUCGUUGUCUUUUUUUUUUAUACAUCUCCUAAUGUUUCUAGUCACUAAUCUUAAUAUAUACUAUCUUAAUGUAUAUUAUUAUCUAGUCAAUUCCCUACCUCCUUGGUAAUUUUUUUACCAUUAAGUAUAUAUUUUUCUUGUGAUUAAACGGUUAUAAUAUAUAGCUAUUUAUUUAAAUAGCUCAGACCGUGAUAUGUAUUAUAUAAUCAAAUUACCGUAGAUUUUUUUUCGAACAAAUACCUAUUCUUAAAAAAUAUUUUAAAUACAUCGGUAGGUACUUAAUUUAACUAUACCUUACACUAUUUAACAUUCGAUAUAUUAUUUAUAUAUUUUCAAACUUUUGCAUACUCUAUAAUAUUAUACAUCACGAAAUAUUAUUAUGUACGAUGAAGUUCGGUUUUUGACGGCACGUUUCGGACGGAUGCCAAGAGCUUCAUUACAUACUGCAAUGCUGCAGCUGAAUAGUGUAGAAUAUAAUAAUAAUUUAACAGUUAUUACUCUAAACAUCCAAUCCUGUGUACUCAUAUAUAAUAUUAUGAAAUAUUUUUUUUUUCAUCACAAUAAUAAUUAUUGUAAAUUUAUUUUUUUAAAUUAAGUUAUAUACUUAUUAGCUAUAAUAUCAUUUUACUCACAGAUAUUGUAUACGAUAUUAGCACGAUUUUAUUAUUAUUAUUACUACUACUACUACUAUUAUUAUUAUUAUUAUUAUUAUUAUUAUUAUUUUAAUAAUGUUUUAUUUAUUAUUUUUUAAACACAUUUUUAAUUUAAUUUUUUUUUUUUUAUUUUAAAUGCCCAAUAAAUAUAGUAUAUAAAUACUUUUUUUUAUCAAACUAACAUGUUUUCUUUUUUUGAUUUCAAUUUCUUUCGAGCUCAGAUAGUUUUAUUUUUUAUGUCUAACAUAAUAUGUAACUUAAAUGCAAUAUAUACAAAUUAUAAUAUACCUAGAUAUAUUAAAUUUGUUUAUAUCGAUUCACAAUUUACUGAAAAAAAUAAAAUAUAUAUAUAUAAUAUAUAAUUCGUGUCAAAUAAAACUGUUUGAGUCAAGCCUUAAUCUCAGUUCAGUCCUUUGGUUCCAGCUAACCGAAUACGAUAAUUGAUGUCGUAUUAAAAAAUAUAUAAUAUAUAUAUUUAUAAUAACAAUAAUCGGAUCACUAGUAAAGUAACUAAUAAUAAUCACUAAACAAUAAUAAUAAUAUUAUGACAUUUAUUAAAAGCUACUAUUUAUUGGGCCAUCAUUUUGUUUAGUAUAUUACGAUUUAUUUUAUUUUUUUCUUACCUAGUGCAUACCCGAUUUUGUUUUGCUUUACCAUCAUAACAAUACACUGCUUUUGGAAUACACACAAUGCUUAUAAUUUAUGUAUGAAAACUACUUGCUAACCAGCGAAUAUCACCGACAAACACGACGGUGGCACGCCGUAUUCUUGGCCAAACGAUGUACAUUCAAAAACAUCAUUAUUUGUGAUCAAUUAUUAUUAUUACCUACUUGUAUUAUAAUUUUGAUGGCCCUCGUUUAGUAAUAAUAUGUACCUGGUGUAUGGGUUCAAGUCACAUUUCGACAGGCGGUACCUAUCUAUACAAUCAGAUAAUAUCUUUUUCCGACGAUUUAAAACAUAUAAUUCAGUUCAUAUAUAAUAUAGUAAUUGUCCGCAAUGAAUAGUAUUAUAAUAUGAGCUUUUUACGCAAUGAAUAAAAUGAGAAUAAAGAAGACGACCUAGAAUAAUGGGGAUGGUGCAGCCAAUGUUGUAGGUAAUUUAAUGUAUGCAUGUAAACAACAAUAAACCAUUGCUAACGAAAAAAUGAUCCUGAGCGGAGUUCAGUUGAUAGUGAUGCUUUGUUAUAAAUACAUAUGUCAUAUUAUAAUAUAUGAAAUAAUUAAAUACCGAUUUUUCCGUUUUUCCUAAAUUUUUCCCGGUUUUUCAAAUUUAUUGGGAAAACUCUUGGGGAAUCAAAAACACGACCUCCUUAAAGUACCUUCCCAGUCAAAUAUCCUUUCAGAAACAUUGCUUUUAUUGUAAAUCGAAGCCAAAUUGUUUAAGAAAAAAAAUCGUUAUAUUUUAGUAAUAUAUUUCGUAAAUUUUCCCGUUUUUUUUCUUCUUAUUUUUUCAAAUUUGAUGAGAAAAAUUUCGAUUUCAUUUCAGAAAAGGUGCUACAAUUAAAAAUCGAAGCAAGAUUUUUGGUAAAAAGUUGCGCACAGAUAAAAAAAAAUGUAAAAUUGUAAAAUCAUAAGCUUCUUCGCUCCAUUCAGAAUCUAAAUAUAAACUAAGUAAAAUAUAUACCUAUAAGAUGAGUCAACAUUUGAGUAUUAUUUAAUAAUACUCGUGUGUAGUUGUGUUCAAAAUGUCUCUAUGACGAUUGUUCAUCAAUGUUCUCUUUAAAAAGUAUCAUAUUAUAAUCUAAAAUAUUAACAUGAAAAAAAUGGCCAAGUAUUACAUUUUAACUACAUUAUGGUAACAACCGCCAAGUUGCCAAGUUUGUAAUAUUGUGUUAUAAAUAACAAUGUUGUCCGUAAAAUAUAACAUCAAUAUAAUACAUAAAUUCAAAACGACCUAUGUAUGAUAAAUCAGUAAAUAUUGUAGGUUCGGUUUACAAUAGUCAAUGAUAACAAAUUGUGGGUAUACACAUGUAGUACAGAUUAAUAAUAUUAUUGUAUACCCGUUUUGUCAAACAAAAACUUUGAGGGGGUGUUAUAACAUAUUUUCGACGCAAAUUCAGCAUUGAAUUAUCAUAAUUAAUCGAAUACUUAUUUACGUUAAAUUUAGUAUUUUAACCAUUCAAUACGGACGGAUAGUGACAAUUUUUCUCUCUCUCGCAAAGAACAUUAUUAUGUAUAUGUUUUUGAAUUUCUGAUAGAAAACGGUUAAAAACAGCAAUUUUCACCGGAAAAGGUGAGAUGUUUUUUUUGUCCGAUACGAAAACAGGCUACCUACGAGCCUGUUUUUGCGGUUCGUUUUUACGUCCGGAAAAAAAUGCUGAUAACCGCGGUAAAACACCGGAACCGCAUUAUUGAGACACGUCGGCGUACAUGCGACCGACUGCGCGUCAUUGAGGCAUUGAACGAUGAUCGGCGACCAACGUGCUAAUAUUAGUAACUUGUUCACGAAAUAACCCUAUACAGUCAAACCGUACACCGCCUAUAAUAAAAUUAGUAUCACGUUAUGAGUGAAACGAAAAACAAAAAGCUGAUACUGGGAAUGGGUGCCGCCACUGUUGUAGGUGGGAUUUGGGAAGGUACAGGAUACAUAAAGUUAUUUAAUUUACAUUUGUAAACAACGAUAAACCAUUCUUAAUGAAAAACGAUUUGGAGUGAAGUUCGGUUAUACAUGUUUUGAAAGGCCGUAAUAUUUAUGAUUUUCGUCAAAAUUUGAUAUUGUAAUUCAUAUUAAAAAAAUCAAAAUGCUACAUUACACUCAACUUUUUUUUACCACGAAAUAUAUCUCUAAGUAAUCAAUCUCCUGUUAAAUUAUUAAGCAUUUCUGUUUGAUCUAACAAUUUUAUACACAGAGUAUCUACCAAAUACAAAUUUCGUUCAAAAUUCGUAAAAUUAAAAUGUCUAUAAAUACCUCAAAAAUGGCUUAAAUGUUUUGAAAGUUGUACCACGUCCAAAAAAGGCAAAUAUAAGUUUUCUGUAAAAAUUUCAAAUUUCAACGAAUAUUUUAAACUAAAUUACAUAAAAAAAAAAAAAAAACACAAAUAAAUUAUUAUAAAAACCAUUUAUUUCUUUAAUUUUCCCGAUCUUUUUAUGUUUUGUUUCGGUUUUUCCUAACUGUUAAUAAAACUACAAAGAAAAUUAAAAACUCACAAAUUAAAUUUAAAAAAAAAAAAAAAUGUCUAGGCACUAUUUGAUAAAAGCAAUAUUUCUAAUUAGAAAACAUAGUUCGUAAAAAUUAAAAAAAACAAGUUGUUUCCGGUUUUUCCCAAUUACUUUGAAAAUCCCCAGGAAAAUAAAAAAAAUUACUAUUCUAAUACAUCAAUUAGACACAAAUUUCUUUCAGAAAAGGUGCUACACUAUAUCGGAUUAUAUAAGUACCCACAAAGUUUGUUAUAAAUCACCCGUUUAUGGCUCAAUUUAAAAGUAACCCAAAUAUCCCAAAUAAGAGAUUACCUAUAGCCUACCUAACACAUGAAUAGCUAAAAUAUGAUUUCAUCGCUAAAUAGUGAUUUCGAUACACUAAAAAAGAACUAAGUGUUUAGGCAUUUAAUUCAAAAUUUGUUGAUUUAAUUAAUUAGAAAUUUUUAUCAAGUAAGUGGCGAUAAUUAAGUACAUACAAUAAGAAGUUAUAGUUCUUUAAAUAUUUAUACGUUUUAAAAAAAAAAUUUAAUUUAAUUUUAGAGAAUUCGAAUCACAAAAUAUCAACUAUAAUUGCUAAACAUGUUCCUAAUAUUUGUUUAGUAAGUAUACUUACAAUGAAGUGUUUAAUGAUUUUGAAAAAAGUCUUUAUAUUUUAAAAGUAAUAAUUAAAACUUUUAUUAAUGCACUUGCAUAAGCCUGUAUUUUAUUUUUGUUUAUUAAAUGGGCUAGAGUUCUAUAUUAUAGGUGUAACGACUAUAAGGUAUACUUUUAAAAUUGAAAAAUAGUUAUUUUUUUGUAAUUUUAAUCUUAAAUGUAGAGUAAAAUAUCCCUUUUCAAAUACAUAUAGAAACUUUAAAUUUAAAUUAAUAAUAACUAUUAUAGAAUCUAUUUAAACUUUGUUUUUAAUCGAUUAAAGUUCAUUAAAUUUACAAGAAUUAUAAAAUAAAAACCAUUAUGUUUUUGAGUAGUAAAAAUGCUAUUUAUUCACGGUGUACCUUUAAUCUUUGGUUUAUUUUUCUCAGAAGUCACUUUUUUGCCGUGAAAAUUCGAAUGUUUUGUCCAGUGGUACUUUAGUUAAACAGUUUUUUAAGAUAACCGACAGUUUUUCUUGAAAAUUAAUAAAACAAAAAACAAAUGGUGGUACCUGUAUAAGUUUUAUUUUUGAGUAACUCUGACUAAAAUAGGAAAAUGAUACGACCUAUACUGGGUAUAACACAAACCAUAUUAUUUUUUGAGCCCAAUAGAAUAUUGAUUUUUGAUUUCAAUUAUUUAUUUCGUUGCAUUCAGCUUAUAAACUAAAUUACCAACCGUAUAUCUUAUUAUAUACCUUUACAACUUCCUACCAAAAACAGUGGGCAGAAUGGUGUGAAGAAUGCCUGGCUUUUUUUAACUACCUGUCUAUGUUUUAUCCUCUAAUGUUUUCUAAAUAAUACUGUAAUAGGUAAUAAUGCAUUGUUAUACACAUCAGAAAUCUCACCGGUAUAGUCAUGGCAUAUCGUAUCAUAGGAUAUUAAAUUGCACUACGUUGUGGUUGACACGUUGCGUCGCUUGUAAUCCGAACGUAUACCUAUAAUAUUGUAAAAAAUGCUAUCAGUCAGAGUAACAUCUAAAUAAUAAUUAUUGUGAAAUACAGGAUGUGAUGAAGACACAAACAAAAAAUAGAUUUAACCAGUUUAAUAUUAAUAUAAUAUAAUAUAUUUAAAGUAAAUUAUUCAACUGGCUUAAAUUUUUAAUGGUAGACUGAGUGGAAAGAGAAUCAUGCUGGUUCGAUACAAUAUUGGAUAUUCACAAACACGUAGCCAGGAUUUUUUUUGGGAGGUGGGGAUCUAAAUAUAAAAUUUAUCUUAUUUUUAAUUUUUUAAAUUUUUAAAAUAUCAAUAAUUGUCUGGGGAAAAAAAAUUAAAACGUAGUAUUGGGUAGAAAAUCAAAGUACGAUCUGAUUUUCGGAUGAGAAGCAUAAAUUUCGGGGAUGGGGAUUCAGAACUUAUAAACCCCCCUGGCUGCGUGCCUAGAUAUUUGUACUUGUCACAUCAAAUAAAACUACUCUUUUUUUCUUUUUUUCUAAACGAAAUGGACGGUGUACUAUAUACAUGAUAAUUUAUUAAGCGUGCUCAUCCUGUAUAAUGAUUUUUUUUUUUAAAUCUGAGCCAAUUAGUUUUUUAAAUAAUUUGAAAACAUAAUAAUUUUAUAACCACUGAAUUUCACGUAAGCAUUAUCGUUUUCAAUAUUUAUCACUGCGAUGAUGUUUAGGCGUUUCGUGGUAGAAAAAUAGUGUGACAUCAUAAUUAAGAAAUUAAGAUAUAUAUUUAUAUAUAUAUAAAUAUAUCGUUAUAUUUAACCUUAAAUUUUACUCUUAAAAAUUCGUUUAUAAUCGUUUUUAAAAUCGUAAUAUUUCUAAUUUAAAAAAAAUAAUAAAACAACGAGUAGGUAGUUUUAUUUACAGAUGCGCUGAGUACAAAUAUUAUAGAUCAGGUAUUUGAGACCGCGGUUUUGUUUUUAAAAAUACGUAUUUUCAUAUUUAUACGUUUGACCGCAUUUUUGUAUUCCGACAGGCCCAACCGAUUCCGCCCGAGUUAACGGCCAAGUUGUUGGGCAAUCGAGUGGCUGUUUCGCCAAUCGUCACUGUCGAACCGAGGAGACGAAAGUUCCACAAGCCAAUCACUUUAACGCUGCCCCUGCCGCAAGCUUCUUCAAAAGGAAUGAUAAACCAUUAUUCGGGCGACGCACCUACGCUUAGGCUCCUUUGCAGCAUCACAGGUAAUCUAAGGCCGUCCGAAAUAUGUAUAAAUUCGUUUUGUCUUUUUUCUUUCUAUAUUGGUAUCGAUGUUUAUCCAUAUACCUAUUACAUAAUAUCUCUGUUUUGUUUUGUUUUUAUUUUGGUCUAUUACUUCAGUCCUCGUCACUAUAUUAUCAUAUAAAAUCUAAUCGGUAUUUCUUUUGAUUUUUUCGUUCAUUAUUAAUUAUCAUAUAAUAAUUGGCAUAUACUUACCAAUUUUACUUAUACAUAUCAAACAAUAACACUAAAAAAACAAAACAAAACGUUACGAUUCAAGAACAUUGAUUUAUUUUAUAUGUAUAUUUUUUUAAUUUGUUUGUUUAUUUUUUUUUUUAUAAAUCAACUUUAUUUGAAAAUUUUCGAUUAAAAUCAUUUUUAUUUUUGGCUCUCACUGUUGCGUAACACGAUACUGCACUGUUUUGACAGGGUUGUUUCGGAAAAGAUCUCGCAAAGGUAAAGACUUAUAUUAUAGAAAUCAAAUAAAUAAUAAGAAAUGAUUUCACUUGAUAUUUUUUUUUUUUUCUUAAUGUCACCCUCGUUUAUUUUUUGUUUAUUUCUUCAAGCUGACGCUAUUUUAUUAUUACUUUCAUUACUAUUAUUAUUGUUAUUAUAUUAGGUAUAUAUAUAUAUAUAUGUUUAAUUUUUAUAAUUGAGAUUAAACCACAUCUCUAAAUAUACAACUCAAGUGUUUUUGAUCACGAUAACUUUUCAUAUCAUUUGGUUACCUUAAAAUAUACAUUUAAUCGACAUACACAUAUUAUAUUAUAUAUAUAUAUAAUUUUUUUUAUAUUAAACUACACUAUUUUUUUAUAUUUUGGUAGCGGUAGUGGGCACGAGCAUUUGUUUUUCUUUUCUUUCUUUUUUUUUAAUUUUUGUAUUUUUAUUCGACACAAAUAUCUAUUUUUGAAUGUGAUUCAUUCGAUAACACAUUACCUUAAUAAAUUUCCCUUUUUUUUGUACUUUCAAAUGGUUAAUGCACUCAUUGCUCAUAUACAUAUAUAUAUAGAUAUAUAUAAUAUAUAUUUGAAAAAUAUAAUAAUAUAUAUAUUAUAUUAAAAAAAAUACGUACCAAUAAAUUUGUCUAAUGAUAUAUUUUAACGAUUAAGACACGUGAUCUUUUCUGAAACAAAAUCAUUAACUUAAGCUUAAACGAAUAAACAAAUAAAAUAACACAAUAGUUUUCGCUUUGCUUAACAACUUGUAGUUUUAAGUUCGCUUUGUACAUGAUGUGGAAUGAGUUAUGUGUGGUAGAAAGAUUGGCUUUUGUGGACCUCACCCGAGUUAACUAAAAUUUUCUGUGACUUAAUUAUAAUAAUAACGUCUAUAUUACCGAAUUAAAAAUAAAAAAAUCAUUUUUCACUACACAAUGAAAUAGUUUAAUUGUGUGUGAAGUUCUUUAUCGUAUAUAUAUAUUUCAUUAUUAUAGGAGGAACGUCUAGGGCACAAUGGGAAGACGUCACUGGCUCAACGCCUCUCACGUUUAUCAACGAUUGCGUUUCGUUUACUACGACGGUAUCUGCUCGAUUUUGGCUGAUGGACUGUCGGAAUGUGGCGGAUGCGUCUAAAAUGGCCACUGAACUAUAUCGGGAAGCAAUACACGUACCGUUCAUGGCCAAGUAUACAGAAAAAAAAAUUGAUGUCCCAGAAAACAAUAUUAGAAAGUUGAAAACUGACUAUUGUCGUUUUUUUUUUUUUUAGAUUCGUAGUGUUUGCCAAACGAACGGAUACAAACGAAGUUCGUAUUAGAUUGUUCUGUAUGACUGACGAUAGGGAAGACAAAACCUUGGAACAUAAAGAACAAUUCACCGAAGUUUCUAACAGUAGGGAUGUCGAAGUAUGUCACAGUGAUAGUAAUACGUAUGUCGUAUAUAUAAAUGUCAUUUUAUUUAUUUUUAAUCAUAUAGGUGCUUGAAGGUAAACACGUAUACGUAGAGUUUGCAGGAAAUUUGGUACCAGUCACCAAAUCCGGCGAACAGCUACGACUAGUUGUUCGGGCGUUCAAAGAAAAUAGAUUACCGUUCACAAUGCGUGUUAAAGACCCUAAUGCCAAUCCCCAUUCUUGGACUAUUAUAAUGAAAGAACCAAAAGUAUGUGAUUGUAAUGACAAAAAAAUUAAAUGACAUACAAUUAAAAUAAUUGAUAUUAUUGAUAUUGUAUAUCUGUGAAUCGUUUGUACAGGUUUCUAAAAAUGAACCCGCGCAAAACCCAGUUUGUGUUUUGGAAUUUGGAUUACCCGAAAAUAUUGUACCUGAAACAGACGUAAAAGAAGACAAACAUUACAAUUACACAUAUACUCACGAUUCAAGUAAAUACAAAUAAAAUAAACUGUUUUGUUUAUUAAUUAUUUUUUCUAUUUUAUAGACAUCGAGUCUCAUAAACGUCCUGAAUUGAGAAUAACUGAUAUUAGUAAUUUCGUUUCCGACGACUGGAUAAACUUGGCACAUGAAUUAGGUUUUCAAUCUACCGAUAUUGCUCAAAUUCAGAAUGAAUACCCGGAGAGUAGCGGUCAACAAUGUAUGAGUAUGCUGAACUUAUGGAUGAACGAAGUAUCUGGACAGGAUUCAGGUUGGAGUUAUUUUAAUUUUCAUUUAUUAUGCAAAAAGGCAGUUUAAAAUAUUUCAAGCAAAUACAAUUGAUAACUUAAAUAACAUAUAAAAAAAUGCAAGAGACACACAAAUAAAAAUAUAUAAUAUUGAUUAAGAUUAAUGAAUAAUGCGAGACGUAAGGUAUUAAACGUUAUUUGUAACUCUAAACAUUUGGUACAAUAUAUAGCUGUGACCAUAGUGGUUUUAUGUACUGGUAUAUAAAAUUGAUAUUGAGCUCUGAAGACAUGAAUUGGGAUUCUUAAAGGUAUAAGUACAAAGAGAUCAGGGACAUCGAGUGAACCAUCUAAGAGAGCAAUAGAGCAUAUUAUAAAGCGGGUGGUUGGCAUGUGAAUAUUUAGGGCCUGUCUUAAGUUGAAAUAAUCAGAGAGUGUAUGUAGAAUAUUCAAUUUUUAGGAGCGUAAUUUAAAAAUUAUUUUUUUAAUAUGUCAUGUUUUAUUAUCAAACGAUUGUGUGCCUUUAAUGUUACUCUCGUUUGUACACUAAAUACUUGUUAAAUAAAUAUUUAAAAAAAGGUAACGGUUUUAAUCUAUAGAUAUUGGAUAUUUAUUUAUUUAUUUUAAGUCUAUAUUUAGUAAAUAAGUAACUAAAUUAUUACCUAAAUAUUAUAAUAUAUUUUUUUAAUACUUUGUAGUAAUUAUAUACUAUAAUAGGAUUUAUUAUUUUUUUUUUUAAUAAUAUAUUUACAUUAAAAAUAAUUGAGUUUGGUUGAACAGUUACAGCUUUAGAAAGAGCUUUGAACAAUAUUGGUCGAUCCGAUGUAGUAGCAAAGUGUAAUUUUGCGGAAAUUGGUCACUAUCCUUCGCAAAAUGGCGUUAGAACCAAUAUAGAAAAACGCGAAAGUAAUUCAAUAAUUGUUAUUUCAACACAUAGAUACGCGAAUAAGUAUAACAUAAUACUCUCGUUUAGGUUAUCAAUUGUCGGAUGAUAAAUACGCGGCUGAAGAGAAGGCGGUCGUCGAAGAUGAAAUCACCAAAACUGUGACCGAAAGACGAAUGGAAAUCGAACAAAGGUUAACUGGCGAGCCGGUCGUUAUUGAGAAAAAACAAGAACCGCUUGUUAGAGACGACACAGUCCAAGGGGUAGCGUCCAAGCCUGCGGACGUCCCGACUGAACCAAUCGAACCUACAGAAGUAUCGUUUGAACACAAACGCAUGUCAUUUGAGAGAGGCGUUUCUAUUGAACAGGUGCUCCAAGAAGAUAUUCCAGUUAAAGAAAAAUUGGUCCUGUCUGAAGAAAAAAAGAUGACGUCGAUCGAAGAAUAUAAGUCUAUAGAUGCGGACGUAGACGCGACAAGUUUGACAUUUCACGAAAAAAGGUUAUCGUUCGAACAAGGUAUACCAGUAAAGGAAAUUAUACAGAAAAAGACUGAGGAAAUCGUCCCAGAGUUCACUGAAUACAUCAGAGAACAUGAAAAAGAAUCAGAAUCAAUAAACGAAACAGAAUUGCUGAUUACAAAAAGAAAUACAACUUCGAUUGAAGGUAAACAAUUAGAGUUUAUUAUGGUAUUAAAUUUACUUAGUGAUUAUUCUUCACAAACAUUAAUGUAGAUACUAGAUAGAAAAGAAUGAGAUUAGUAUUAUAAGUAGGUAUCAAUAAUCAUGUUUACCCCCUCUCCUCCUAAAAUCAGUACUUGCGUCUAUCUAGAGUAAGAAUUACGGCAUUUUAAAUGUUUUUGUCAUGCACAUACAGAAUACAAAUAGUCAAAAGAUGUGGAUAAGAAGUGAAAAAUUAAAAUAACAAAUUUAAUAAUAAAAAAAAGUGCUAAUACUCAGAACGUGUGUCAUACUGUUAUAGAUGGGAAGAAAUUUAAAUGUCUAUAAAUAACUCAAAUAUUUUGAAAAUUUGAUCAUGUCUAGAUAAAGCAAAUAUGAAUUUUCUAUCAAAAUGUGAAGUUUCCACGAAUAUUUUAAACUGAAUUACAUUAAUAAAAAUAAUAAUAAAAUUCAAAAUAAUUUCAGAAUUAUUUUCGUAAACUUUCUUUUCAUUUCUACGUGUUUGCUCAAUUAUCAUUAAUAACUAUUAAAAAUUCAACAAAAAAAUCUCUAUUGUUUUUCUAUUUCCGGUAUAAAAUAUAAGUUUUAUAAAUUUAAAAUAAUGAAAUCGUUGUACCGUAAUUUGAAAAAAUGUUUAUAAUAAUUUAAUGCACAUUAGAGAAAAUAACAUGAUAAGAACAAGCUAUAAUUUUAUUAUUAUAUAUUAGUACAUUCAGUCACUAAAAAGUGCCUAUAUGUUUGACCGCAACAUAAAUGUGCACAGCUCGUCUAUUGAAUAGUUUGUAGGUCUAUGAUCUAUUAAUUAGUAUAAGGUUACAUUAAAUUUAGUUUUUUUUGUUGUAACUUUGUUAAAAAUAUCCGUAGAGACUUGACAUUUUCACAGAAUACUUAUAUUGUAUGUAUACAAUUGUUUAACAAAACAGAAAUGCUUGAAAGUUUAAUAUAAGGUUUAUUACAAGCUGUAUACUGAUUUCAAGGGACGCACUUAUUAAUUCAAUUGUUAUCUUUAACAGAUUUCCAGAUUUCCCUAACAUCAAAAUACUUGAUUUUUCUAAAAAUCGUGUUUUUGAGUUUAAAAUACCAAAAAUUUACAUUUUUAGAAUUUUUUUUUUUUCUUAGAAAUAGUACUAACUAUAUGCUUAAAAUGUUUGUGCAAUCAGAAUUCACCAAAAAGGUUAACCAUAUUACUACUAUUAUUUCUAAAAAAAAUUCCAAAAAUACAAAUUUUUCGUAUUUUUUUAAAAAAUCGAGCAUUUUGAAGUUUUUUGACCAUAACUUCCAAAUGAAGUUUGAGCGACUUUUUAGGAGAAUACCAUCAGAUCAAUCAUGCAAAAACACACAUAUUGGAAAAAAAAUAUACAAAAGAUCGCUUGGGAGCUAAACUGCUUUUACGCCACACAAAAUAACUAAAUAUAACUAAAAGUUCGUGGAUAUAUUAUAUCUAUAACCGUGAUCGUGGUUAAAGUGUAUGAUAUUUGUAUAAAAUAAAUAAUGAGGAAAUUGUUAUCAAUUUAUAUUGAAAUAAAAAAUUAUAAUACAUUUGUGUUCAAAUUCCAAUGUAUUUGUUAUUUCUACAAUUAAACCUAAAAACACAUUUUAAAACUUCGGACACAUAUUUGUAAUACAGGGAACACAAUUUGAUUUUCAGGGGAUACAAAGUGUGUCUGGGGACACAGUAUUUUAGGCCCUGCUUAGUGGUAAAAAAAAAAGACGUUGAUGGAAAUCGUACAAAUUACAAGAAAAAACAAAAGUAAAUUUAUUCUGAGUUCCAAUAAAUUUGACUAAAUCAAUUACCAAGGAACAAAACAGAAAUGCUCGUAUUUCCUAAAAAUGUAUUAAAUCAAAUCGAAUAUUACCGAGUUUGCGUCAAAACUGUCUUUGAAUUUAAAUACUGCCUAUAAACAUUAUAGAAAAUGUCCUAACCUCAACCGCAUCAAUUAAAGUUUAACUGCACUUUUAACUACCUAGGUACUUAUAGUAAAAAAUUAGAUUCUUUAUUCUAUUCCCCUGUAUCCUAGCAGAGGCAAUUUGGACAAGUCACCGUCGCCGUUUUGACGCCAAAAAAAUUACCUUAUUACGAUUUUAUUCGUAAUUACCAAUUACCAGUCAUUAUUUAUUUUGUAUUUUUUCCCUACAUUGUAUAAUACAAAUAAUUCAAUAAAUACAAAUUUUACUUCGCGAUGACUGCUUGUGCCUCUUGAACAAUUUGUUCACGCUCCCUUGUUUGGGAAACACUAUUCUAGUUCAUGGGUGAGGAGCUAAGCCUUUGAGCCUUUGACCAACAGUAAUCCAUGACAGCCGAUCAUUAUUACUAAAUUUACCCAUCAUUUCAUUAAUUAAUAAAAUUAUGGGUAAAUUAUGAAAUACAAUCAAUGUACCUACAUAUAGAUAUUAUUUUAGACUUUAAACUGUUUUUCUAUAAUUAUUAUGAUCAGUAAUAAUUUUAUUAGAUACACAAAUUUCUGAUACGAAAGUAGAACCUAGUCCUAGCAUUGAACUGACUAAGGACACAAACGAACAAAUAAGACGCGAUUCUUUAUUGUUUGAAGAAGUUUCUCAAGGUUUGGUGAAACUAGAUACGGCUGGCCCAAAAGUCGAAGACAAAUGUAAGUUGUAACAUUUUAUAUCAAUCUGUAAGUAAUAUAUAUAGUAUAAAGCUAUAAUGCUAUAUAUAUUAUAUCUAGGUAAACCUAUAAAAUAUAAUAUAAUAUCAUUAAACUAACGAUUUCUACAAACAUAAACUAUAUUUUUAAACAAUUUGUUUUUUGGUCAGCCGGACUACUAUCGCCUCAAUCAUCUAGAACACCUCCACCGAGCCCUGCAGAAUUCAAAGACACACAACAAAUUGAAACCACAGAAUUCCAGCCGGACAUUACUGAAAAAGAACAGCUUACAGGUAAGUGAGAACUAUUUUGUUUUGAACCGUUUAUUGAAUUUAAAGUGUACGAACCGCAAGCCGUAAACGUGUUUUGUUUUUUUUUCUUUUUUAAGCUAUUAUAUUGUUGAAACUUAAACACAUUAGGUAGGUAUAUGGAAAUAUGUAGGUCGUCAUGAGUUUAGGCAUCGUUUAAGGUUUCUUCUUAAAACAAUGGCUUCUUUCGUCGUUAACUAGAUAAUCACAUUACACUGAUAUAAAAAUAUCAAGGAAUGGAGGGAGUAACACACUAUAUUACACUUGUCGACCUGUGAAAGGAUUGUUUUGAACAGUUGGAAAUAACGCGUUUACAUAUAUACCGUAGGUAUUCGCAGGAUAUUAACUGAAAUUUAUAUCGCGCUCACUAUAUUUACCGUAAGUACCUAUAUAAACCUUUAGCUAUACAAACAUAGAUAUUUUCUUUUUUUGUAAAUUUAUUUUAAUAUUAUAAAGAAGAGAUCAAAGCAAUAACACGUCAUUAUAAAAAUAAUAUAAUUUCAUGAUAUUAAUUACCUAUAUUUUAUGUAUGUAUGAUUAGUAAGACAGAUGAAUUGAAUAAAACAAGUUAUUUUAAUCACUUUUAAGACAAAACUUGUGGCUUGCGGUCGUAUAUACACUUCAAUAUAAAUGAAAGUUUAAAUAGUUUCAAGUAAAAAAAUAACUAACAUAGCCUACAUGUGUUUGUGUAUGAGUGGCUUGAAUAUGUGAUAACUUAUCCUAAAUUUGUGUUGCAAAUAUUAAAUUUCUAAUAAAAUGUUACCAAAUUGUUUUUAUUUGGAAGUUUCAUAUUUAAUUUACUGAUUAUUUUUAAUAAACAAUUUAAAAAGAAUACGAUAAUCAUUUUCACUUUAUUAUAUAAAUAAUAAUUCAUACUUAAAAUUAUUUAUUUUUAUGAGAUUCUAUAUAAAAAUUUACAAAAUAUAAAAAUUAUUAAGAACUACUAUAAAAAUUAAGUUGUUUGCAGCACAAUAUUUCCUUUAAUCCCAUCCAUUCAAUCAUCAUUUAGUAAGGUUUUAUUCAUAACAAAUAAAAAUUGAAUCAAUAUAAUUCUUAUUGAUGUUUGAAUUUAUUACUUGAUUUAUAUUUUUAUGGCUUUCGCGGUUAAAAGGGAUAUUGGCUUUAUAUUUUCAAUACAUUAAAUAGCUUAGAUAACACCAAAAUAAUUAUUUUUGAUUUAUCUUCAAAGAACAUUUUAAAUUGUAUCAAGUCAAACAUACCCUUCUGUAAACCGCUUUUAUAUUAUGUAUUUUUGUAUUACUUUUCUGUUUUAACAAAUUUUAACAAUUUCUUUUACGGUGCUUUGAUUUUUGUUCUGUAAAAUGUAAUCAUAAAUAACAAGCCAAUUUCAUAAACAAAACUCACACAAAUUUUAACUCUGUAACUGGCUAUGCAUCUAUUAAAUAAGUUACACAAAUAGUAUUUAAGUUGUAAAAUAAUAUUGACAUUAUAAUAUUAUAUACAUUGUAGUGUACCAAUACCUAAUACAAAUGCUUUUAUGAAUAGUUUGAUUUUAAAUCAUUCAAAUACAGAAAUGGUCAAUAAUGUAUCGAUUAUUUUAAAAAAUCAAAUAGAAAUUAAUAAUUUAUAUAAUGUUAAUUUAUAAUUCAUUCAUUAAAUUCAAUAUUUAAGAAAUAUAAAUGCCCAUCUUUUUACCAUUACUCAAAUAUUUGUUUAGUAAGUGUAUAAUAUGUAAAAUUAAUAAAAUAAAUAUCUCUAUGAAACAAAUGACCAAAUUAGAGUGAUUAUAAGUUAAAAAUUGUUUUCUUGAAAUGUUUACAAAUAUAUUUAAGUCUAAAAUAUAAACUAUACACUUUGUUUUUCAUUGAAAAUCAAUGGCAUAUUAUGAAACUAAUCAAUAAAUAUAUUAUCUAAAGAAUAUUUACUAAACUAACUCUAGGAUAUAUUAAAUAUAAAAUUCAAAAUUAAACAAUUAUUACAACUAACAUGUUAUAAUGUAGAUGUUUGUAAUAGUGUUUAAAUAUAUUGAAAUUCAACUAAUUUAAAUUCAACAAGAUAAAAAUAAUGAUACUUUGUAAUUGAGUAUUUACAGUAGGUAUAAAUCUUAAAAAUUAAAUUUUAAAGAUAUAUGUAUACAAGUUACGUCUGAUAAGUGAACAAAAUUUAGUUAAAAAGUUAAAAUCAAAAAAGAUAUGUGUUCUAAAAUGAGUAGACACCCACUUAUUAUGAAACUAAAAUAUAAUAAUUUGUACUCAAACUGUGAAUAAAAACGCACCCUUUUUAUUGUGUAUUUUUUUAAUUUGUUGUGUAUAUCUUACUUAUAAUAGAUACAUUCAAAAUUAUUGAAAAAUGGUUUGGUUAAAUAAAUAAACCAAAUAUUUCUUUGAAUAUAUUUAUUGAAACAAAAUAAUUAUCUGAAAUAAAAUUUUACUCCACAAAAGUAUCUUAUAAUAAAAACAGAUACCUAUUAUUUCCACAUAAUACUAGUACCUAUGUAUUAUUAGUUAUCUGUAAAAUUGUGGAGUUUUACAGGUAGUGCUUUUAAUUCUAGAAUCUAAUAACCAUUGUUUUUUAAUAAACCAACAAAUUAAAACGUUUGAUAAUAAUGUUUUUUAUAAAAUAAGAUAGACGUUAUACUUAAUAAUGAAUUGUAUACUUACCUACUUUCAAACACGGAAUUCGAUGCUGGUUUAAAUAAAAAUGCGGAUAGGUACAUGCACACACUUCUCAUUCACGCAGUUAAACACAUACUUAGAUACACACACAAACACCCACCACACUAUACACACACGCACACAUACACACACACAUAUACACACACACACACACUCGUAGGCACACACAAAUACACACAAAAUAUAUAUAUAUAUAUAUUUUUUAAAGAAACUGAUAUUAAAAUUUUUGAGGUGCUAUUUAUUUUAAAAAUGGAUGUAAUAUAUUCAUUUAAUACUACUUAGAAUGGAAAAAUAUUUUUAAUUAAUUUGAAAUAAUAUUUUUAUUGACGAAUUCUUUAAUUAAGAAAAUACUCAUCGAAAUCAAAGCACCAUUGGCACACAAGAUAAUCAACAGAAAAGUGAGCAAACAAACCACAGUAUAUUAAUUGCACAUUCAAAUCGCUGACGCUACAUUGUUAAGUAGAACCUUGCUUGAGAAUGAAGAGCUAAAUAUUAUAUUGUCUCGCUUUCCGCGGUUAUCUAUUUACUUAAACUACUUACACACACUUACACACAAACACACACAACAUAAAACUUAAAUUUAUCAUUUCACGUCAAAUCCUUUGGAACAGUUUGUUAUGGACCGACUGGCUGUUUAAAUGUUAGAUAGUAGAAAAAUACAGAUAGUGAUACCUUGAUGAUUUUGGUCAUAGCAUCCUGGUCACAGGACAAUGACGACUUGUUGGACACUCACGGGUUUGGUGAACAUCUCAACGGCAUUGAGACCCCAAAUUUAACUAAACCAAAAAAUCUUAAGUCAUUGGCGGACAUUGAUGAAGAGUUUGAGGAACGUUCGGUUGUUUUACAUCCCUUUUUUGAUCAACCAAAAAAAGAAAUUUAUGAACAAGUACAAAUUAUUAAACGUUUAGACGAUUCUCCUGCAUUUGAUAGUCCGUUAACUGAUAAAAGUGUUUCCCACCAUGAUACUGGUAUAAGUUUAACUAGGGAAUAUUCUGAUACUCUAACUAGUUCUGGUCAAAAAACUAAGCCUAAACAUACGGAUACAGCAUUUGACGAAGAAGCAGAGCUUACAGAUGCUGGAUUAAGUCCGAUUCAACAGGAUGAGAUCGGACUUGCUGAAAAUGAAAUAAUAGAGUUGAAGAAAAAAAUCGGAAUGUAUGAUGCUGGAAACAGCCCGAUAAAAUUUAUGGAAUCUAUAGCAUUAUCACCUUUUGAAACAGUGACUAGUGACGUUGCUACUAUAACAGAUAAAGUGAAAACAUCUGAUGUAGCUAAUAGUCCAAUAGAAGCAAAUAAAGUUCAAAGAAACAUAGAUACAACAGUAGACGUCAAGAAAAUGAUAAUGCAAUUAGAGAAAUGUGGAAUAGGGAUGGAAAUUCAGUUAUCCGAUCAAUCGCCGAAACAGAAAAUACAGCCAACAGUAAAAACAUUAAUUUCAGAAAAUGUACAUCCUCAGGAGCAUUUAAAAAUCCAUAUUGAUGUUGAAAACAAAAAUAAAACAUAUAAAACAAUAAAUGUACAAUCAAAAUUGGACGAAGUUAUUGAAUCAGAAAAAUGUGUAUUAGAGCAUUUAGAAAAUAUAGAUACGCCAACACAAAAUAAUUUGGAACUAGAAUGUAAACUAUUGCAAAUUGUAAACAUUGAGACAAGUAUGUUACAAAAUAUUGAUCAAAUAUUAGAUAAACACGAUAGUAGUAAAGACAAUUCAAGUUUAGAGAAUAUAGAAGAAGAAAUCAUAUCACCUGAAAGGUCUAAAGAAAAAUCUAAAUUAUUAAAAACGUUGCAAACACAACCUAAAUAUAGUACAGAAGAUAUAAUUGAAAAAAAACAUAUUGGAAAUGGACAUAAAAUCGACGAAAAUUUAAAGAAAUCAAUAAAACAUACAGGUAUUUCUAAAGAAUUACAGGAAUUGAUCGAUGAAGAUGAAAAAGAACAAGAAAGAAUAUAUAGAGCAUUAUUGAAUGAAAAUGAUAUAAAUGAUGGAUUGUACAGUAAUAAAACUCCUGUAAUAGAAGAAACUAUAACGCCUAAACACGUAAAACAAGUUGCGAAAAAAGAUGAUACUAUAACUGACAAAUCUACUAUCAUACAAAAAAUUGAAUCACAUGAAACGUCAAAUAUAGAUUUAGAAAAAGGAGUAAUACCACCAAUAAAAGAUAAAAUUGCCAUUUUUAAUGAAAUUAUAAAUAUAGACAAUAACAAAAAAAGUAAUGAAAAUAUAAAAUUAUCAAAAUCUACUAAUAAAGAUGCAAAUAAAAAUACAUUUUAUGAAGAAGACGAGGACGAGUCAGAUAUUUUUGAAAAAUUUACUCGAGAACACUUAAAAAAAUCCUUAGAUAUAUCACAAAUUAUUGAUGAUAAUGACAAUAAUGAUAAAAAACAAAAAAUAAAAGAAAGCGACAUUAAUAUUGUUGGUGAUGAAGGCAUUGCAAAUAAUUUAAACAUUAAAAAAGAUAAAUCAUUAUUAUUUAUCCCAAAAACUAUAGAAAAAGGUUUAAAGGAUAUAACGAUGACACUAACAAGUAUUGUUAAGAAAAUGGAUGUAAAUGAUAUGUCAGGGGGAAAAAAAGAGACCGAAGAAGGUGAAAUUUCUAAAAUAACAAAAGAAUGUAUAAAAGAGUUUGGUAACCUAGAAUUAAAUGACUAUAAGAAUGUUAAAAAACAAAAGCAAAACACUAAAAAUAAUAAUGUAAAACCAUCAGAAUCACCAAUUUUAAAAAGUGACACAUUAAUGAUAAUUAACCUUGAGGAUAAUAAGCAAGAAAGUAAGAGUAUAGACAAAGAGAAAGAUAAUAAAACAGAAAAUAAUUUAGUAGAUAAUUUAAAUAAGGAAGUAUCAUUUGCGAUUGGUAAGGAGAAGAACGAAAUUGAAGAACAAACAUUGACAACAAACACCAAUAAAUUAACUGAUUUACACGAAACAGAAAAAAUUUCGACCAUUGACAAGACAAAUAUAAUAAAAGAAACCAAGAAUAUAGAUAUUGAAAUUAAUAAAACUGUAUCGUGGUCUUUGAUAGAAAUUGAAACUCAGUCAUCCAAUAUCGAUUUAACUGUAAAAAAUAUACCUAUAAAGUCUGAUAUAAAAUCAAUUUUAAAAGAAAUAUCAAAAGAAGAAUUUGAUAAAAAAGAACAGUCAGACAAAAUAAAGACAGAAGAACAUAAACUCAAUGACAUAACGAGACAUAAAAAUGAACAAAUUGAGUGCAUGAAAACUACAUCCAGAGAAGAAAUAAAAAAAGAGAAAAUAAUUGAUUCAAGUUCAUAUUAUGAAUCGUAUAAACAAAAUAAAACACAAAAUACUAAAGAUAAAACCUUAACAGAAAAACAUAAAAAAUUAGAACUGAUGGAUACAAGUAGAAAAGCUCAAAUAAUUAGGGAGGAAAUGGUAUCUAUAGAAGGAAAUAGUGACAACUAUAUUAAAAAUGCUAUACAAAAAAAUGAAAAAGCAGAAAGAUACGAAAAAGAUAAAUUAGAAAAAUCAAAAGAAAAUGUAAAAAACAAAAGCAUAGAAAUAAGUGAAGAGUGCACUUAUAAUGAACAGCAAUAUGUGGACAAUGAUGAAACAGAUAAAAAACAUUUUGAUGAGUUUUAUAAAUGGGUUGAUCAAUUAAAGGAAGAAAAAGAGGAAUGUAAUUCAACAAAUUCACAAAAAAAAAUGAUAUACAAACAGAUAAAAAAUGCUUCAAUUGACAAAGAACUCAUUACAGAUGAAUCAAAUACCGUUAAAGAAUUUAUUACAAAUUCCAUAAAUAAACAACAUACUGAGAAUCAAACAAAAACAAUAACUAUAACCAAGCCAUUGACACAUCAAACUAAAACUGAAACAACAGGUCAGUUAAACAUGAACAAAAAGGUAAUAAUGGAAAAAAAAAGAGAAAAAGAAAAAACAUUUUCCGAAAAUACCAAUAACGAUUCAAAAGGUGGAAUACCAAAAAUAGUAGAAAUUGAAAUUAAAAAAAAAAACAAUUCCACAGAUAAAACGAUGGAAAUAAAAAAUGAUAUAAGAACUCAAGUGGACAAUGAAAAGUUAAUAAAACAAACGGAAACAAUUGAAGAGAAAGAUGAUAAACAAGAAAACAAUAAAAAUUUUAAAGAAGAAAAAGAAACAAAGGAAAAUAUAACCAUAAAUAUUGAAAAAAAUGAUAGAAUUAAAACAGACACUUUAUAUAAAAAUGAUAGUAAAGAAAAAACAAUACAUAAGGCAGUAAUCGAAUUAGAAAAACAAACUAAGGUUGAGUUUGAAAAAAUAAAAGGCAAUAAAGAAUCCCUCCGAAAGUUAACCAAUGUAAUUAGGUUCCCAGAUGACACACAAUUACAAAUUGACAAAAAGGAAAAAAUAAUAGAUAACAUAACAAAAAUAAAUGAAAAUAAAAUAACAAAAAUAAGAUCAAUCGAUAAAGAUAUNUUGGGAGGUACCGAAGCCAAAGAUGACACCUUAGAUAAAGAGAUCACGGACCAAAAAAAAGAGACUAUGAUUGAGAUGGAAAAAAUAAAAGGCGAUAAGGAUAUACAAAAGAAAUUAACCGAUAAAAUUAAAUCCCCUGAUGACAAACAAUUACACUUUGACCAUGGGGACGAAACAACAACUAUUGUAACUGAAGUAACUGAAACUCAUGUAACAAAACUUAAAGAAACAGAUGGUGAUUUAAUUGAGGAAACCCCGAAAACUUCAGAAAUUCAAAAAACAACAGACGAAACCCCUAGUCCUAAGGAUAAAGAUCCUUUAAAUGUAUAUAAAAUACACGAACUUUCCCAGGGUUAUAAGGGAGAGGAGGAUGAUAUAAUUAAACACAAUAUAACAAUUGAUAAACCUCUCGAAGAUGUAACAAAAUCACCAUCCACAGAUACAAUAAAAUCUGAAUUUGUAGAUCAAAAAGACGUUAAAACUCCAACGGAAAUGGGGAGUACCCAAACGAAAGAUGGGACCUUCAAUAAAGAGAUCACGGAACUAAACAAAGAGACUAUGAUUGAGUGUGAAAUAGGGAAAGGCGAUAAGGAUAUACAAAAGAAAUUAACCNAUUAA